GUGGGGGCAAUCAUUUGUAAAAUGGGGAGGGAAGAGAGAUCACCAUCCUUUGCAACAGGCUCAUCAGCCCAUUCCACUAGGAGGCACUCCGCAUCAAUAGAGGAGCCCUUGGCCCACGGGGGGUGAACUACAUCUCCCACAAGCCUUUGCAAACGAAACGGACAUUGAUGGCUAUAAAUCCACACAUAGCUUCGCCCGCCCCCUCUUUUAAAAGCUCUCAAGUCCUGCCUUUCCGCUUUUCUGAUUAGUGAGUUUGGAAGGCGCAAGAGGCGUUUCUGGGCGCGGGAUUGGCUGUUCCUGUGGCAACAAAGCGGCUUGGGGAAGGGAGGGGGCCAGGGGACCCGCCCCUCCAUUGUGCUGCGAGUUUUUCUUGCCAAAAGCUUGGCUGGGGGAGUUAAAGAGAAGCGAGUUGAGAUCGGAGCGCUUAUAUCUCAGCGCAGGCGGAUUGCGCGCGCGCCUUCUUAUUUUGCGCUUGAGGGGAAUCCGGUGUCUUGCAAGGCGGGUGGAGGGAUGCGAGAACACUGAAAGGGGGAAAUACUUAAAAUUUGAUCGCAGGAAAAAAGAGGGUAUUCCGAAAAUUAAAGGGGCGCGCGCACAUCCCCUCUCCGAGCGCCGAUCCUGCGCGCAAUGUUUGCGCCCAAGCGGUGAGAGCUGCCUGGGAGCGCCGCGGCUUGCUGGCUGGGGACUUGUUGAUGGAGCCGGCUGCCGGAGCUCAGAGGCUGGCCGGGACGGAAAAGCCCUUCCUGGGAGGGGGCACAGCAAAGCGGCGCCAGUGCGCAGGUAAAAAAAACAAACCCUCUGUGCAUCGGAGACAGGAGGGCUAUGGGGUCCCUCGCCUUGAGCCCGGAUCUAAUAAUAAUGCGUGCGCUUUUCCCCUAGUCUCGAGAGGCUGCGGAAUUGGUAGGAGCUGAAGCUUUUGUGGCGAAUGAGCCCCCAACUGUUCAGGAGAGAGUUUCGGGGUUUGGUGGGUCGGCGAUCCUCCUCUUGCUUCCCCCUCCCAACUCCAGCGGGGCCGGGCAGGGGGCUGGGGAGGCGGAUCCGGGAGAGCCAGGACGCCUGGGUUGUCUCCCCAGAGGGAGGGGAGUCUGGAACAGCAGUUGGGACCUGCACCUCUGCUGCCGCCGCCGCGCGCAUAGGGGGAGAGGUCUGCCCAUCCACAGAAUCGCGGUUUUCCAUGUCCAGCUUUGAAGCGAGAGGGAUGAUAAGUCUGGUGGUUUGCGGUGGAGAGUCGGAAACAGCCUCUGCUCAGAGGAGACGCUUGUCGCUAGGAAGUAAGAGCCUCCUCUUCCAUCUCCGGGAGAAGAACUGGGUGGUCUUGGAGAGCCGAGAGUCUGUUCUAGAGCAGGGGAGGAAUCCGUUUCAGCCCAAGGGCCACAUUCCCUUCGAGACACUCUUCCCUGGGCUACAUGCAUAUAUGUGAUCGGCCUCCAAGUGGGCAGGAACAGUGAAUGCACGGUUUCCUUUUGUGCAGAAGGUUUGGAGUUCAGGGGCAAAUUUCACCCAGGUGGAAACAGAGCAGGACCAGGAUGAGAUGUUGCCCUGGGAGAGUCUCAAGGGCUGGACUGGAGGGACAUAUUUGGCCCCUCGGUUUGAUACUCACCAUCUCUGGCCUAGAAGGAUUCUCAGGGUGCCAGGGUUCCCCUCCCAGCUCGAAGAGGUGGGGGCUGAGCAGGCAGGACUCCUGGGUUUUUCACACUCAGGAACAGGGCAGUGUGGAAGUCUUGGGUCUUUCAGCUGGAAACUCCUGGGGUGGGGGAUCAAAGUGUGUAGAGCCAAAUAUGGAGGUUUUCUAACUUAUGAGACUGUGACCGACUGCAGGUUCCAGGCUUCAACAUAAAGACUGUUCGUUUCAACAACACCCCCUCCCCUUUGUUUAAAAUAUCCAGCCUGGUGGACAGUUUUUGGAGUGCUUUGAAAGCUUUGGAACCUUUGGAAGUGAAUCCGAAAGGUGGCGCCUGGCUGUAGAUUCAAAUUAAUACAAAAUAUCCCAAGGCGCUUUAUUGCGUUUACACUGGGUCAUCGUGAGCAUAUAUCCCAGAUGCAGCACUGGCUGUUUGUUCCAGCGCUUCCCCCAGAAAUUUAUUGGGGGUGGAAAUGGAGGCCGAUCUCCCUUUGCGAUUGGGGGCUCAGGCUGGAGGAAGGCUGUACGAACAAUUCAGCAAGAGAGGGGGAUUUGGCAGAUGGGAGCUUGGCCCACUUACUAUCACAAUCGAUACCAGUUAUCAUCAGUAAUAACAAUUUUAGCGCUUUUCCUCACGUAAAAGCACAGUGUCCUUCCUCUCCCUGUCUGUUUUCCUUACGGAGCUGAGAGGAGUUCUUAUUUUACUUUGAAAAGUGGAAAUCUAUUCAUUAGAAAGCAGCAAGGCUGCCGGUGUGUUUGGUCGCUUGGCAGUGGUGCCCAGAGGAAGCAGAGCACGGUGGUGAUAUUUUGUAUAGAGGGGUCUUCCAAAGUGGAGGUGUGAUGGGUUGGAUUUUCUCACCUGGCAUUGAGGUGCAAUCUGUAGGAGGUUUUGCUACUCUUGGUUUGCUAUUCUCAUAAAUAACAGGAGCCAGAAACUUUUCCCUAGAAGACAGAGUAACUGAGCAACUCUAAUUUUGUCAUAAGUGUAUUAGCAGGCUCCUCUUUCCAGAAAAUUGCUUCUUCCUCUCUCUAAUUCCCCUGCUUUUAAAUGUAGGUUGGCCAUUUGUCAGAACAGAAUCCUAAACUAGAUGGGCCUUUUGGCCUGAUCCAGCCACCAUGCAUAAAAGCUUUCUGAGAUUGCCUUUCCAUGCAUCCCUGUCCAGUCCUGAUUAUUUGCUGGAGGAGGGGGGAAAUUGCACUGUGUUCCUUUUUGUGUUCAUUUAAAACAUUUGUACCCCAGCUUCUCUUAAAGUCAAAGUAGCUAACGAAACAAUAUAAAAUGCACUCCAAAAAAAAUCAGCCGAAAGCUCUGGAGCGGGCGAGCGGCUUUCAGCACACCAGGGUGGUGAACUGCAGCUCUUUCUAAUAGCGAACUCUGUGGUGGGCGGCAGGAUAGUAACCAAAGCAGUGUCACAAAGAAACAAGAUGGAGGAACAGCAGGAUAAGGGAGAAACUAGGGUUGCCAUAUUUCAAACAGAAAAGUUGUUGAGCUCUUCUUUUUUUGCCAAAGUUUUUGGGCAAGAUCGCUGAAAAGAUGCCAUUUUUGAAAGAAAGGGGAAAAAAAACCUGCAAAAAGGGAACCUCCAACAUGGGCUGCCAUACGCUCGGAUUUUCUCUGACAUUGGCCCGAUUUCCGCCCAGAUAUGUCCGGGAAAAUCCAGGUGUAUGGCAGCCCAGGAGAAACCAAAAUUUUGUAGACCAGCACCGACAACAAAAUCAGGGUGUGGAGAAUAAGGGGUAGAACUCCUACCCCCAACCAGUCCAGUCUUUGUGGGAGUGGUUGUUAUGGCUGCAUGGUUAGGUUGCUUAAUUAAUUGGCUUUAAAAAAAUUGAUCAGCUGUAAUAAUGCCCUCAGUUAGUUGGACAGCCAAUUAUUAUUUUUGCAUGCUGGUGUGGUUGGAUUGACAGUCAAGGAUGAGAAUAGCUUGUCGUCAGCUAUCCGCUGAGGCAGAAAUCGUACUCAACUUUGGCCAAAAAGCUGCAGAAACUUCACCACACACAGUGAAGCCUAUCUUUAAUAUUAUCCUGAAUGUCUGGAGAGGCAUUGGCCUGUCAGGUAGUUAAGAGUCUCUAAGGGAGACCUAAGUUCUGAUCCUCCAAUUGGCCAUGAAGCUUAUGUGGUGACCCUGGGCUAUUCACUUUGUCCCAGCUUGUCCUACCCUACAGGGGUAUUGUGAAGAUGAAGUGUGGUACCUUGAACUCUGCUGCUUGAGUUUUGCUUGAAGGUUUCCCACAGGCAUAUAGGUGACCACUGUAAGAACAAAAUGCUGGACUAGAUGAGCCAUUGGCCUGAUCCAGCAGGCUCUUCUCAUGUUCGUUGGAGGAAAUGUUAAAUAUUUUAAAAAGAAAUAUACUUACUAAAACUGCAGACAGCAGGAACCAUCUUAGAAGACGUAUUCUUUCCUGUUUGAGAGCAGGAAUACCAAAUGCCUCUUUUAAGACCUGCUGCAACAUAGGUGCACAUUGUUUUUAGAAAAUGUAUGCCUCCCCCAACCCAAGAUAGAUUUUUCUUGUAUAAAAGUGUGUGCAGGUUCGGUAAAUUGAUAGACUCGAAAGUGAAAUUGCACGAACAGUAGCCUCGCAUGUCUGCUGUGGUGCAGUCAUGUACAGGCUCUUGCCUCGAGGCGCUUACAGUCUAAACUUCAUCAGUGUGGUGAGGAGGAAUGUGCAGGAGAAAAGAGGAAUUCUGCAACCUGUGUAAAUCAUGAAAAUUGGCACGCAUCCCAUUAGUUCGCAUAAAUUCAUUUCUGCUUCAGUAAUCAUGGGGAACGGCAGUGAGCUACAGGCACUGAAGUGCCAACCCUGGUCAUUGAUCGUCUGCUUAGAAAGCGAGAAACAAAACAAACUGAUGCCUAGAUAAUUUUAUGUGUGUAUAUUUCACACGGCCUCUUUUAAAGACCACAAAGGCUUUAUCCUGGUGCCCUGCUUUAGGCAGAGAAGAAAGAGACCCAUCACCCCUACUUGAGAAUUUACAAUGUAUUCCCCACAUACUUUGAAGCCAAUUUUCAGCCCAUGAGGACUAGAAACUUGCUUUCAUUUUAAAGAGAGUGGGGCGGGGUGCACUAAGUUUUGCAGGAUGUUGAACUGGGUGGAAUCAUGUUGUAAACUCUUCCAAAGGUGAAUAUAGACACACUUGAUGAGGAACUGUAACCUUUCUGGGAUGCUAGGAUAAAGACCCUGACCCUCUAAUAUUGAGCAAGGAUUGGCAAGCUUUAGGUGUGGGUUAAAGGGAAGAGGAGCUGAGCUUUGCUAUACAGCACCUGUUCUGCCUGUGAAACUAGUCCUCAGUAGCAGCAAGGGACCAUGCUUCCUGUGUACCAGCUGAAUGCCAGGGCAGAGAGCGGAUAUCUGUUAUAUUUUAUUUACGCAAUCAGGAUGAAUUUCAGGAACCAAAGAUUCAUAUUGAAAAAUAGGACUUUUGAGCCGCCUGGCCAAAAAACGGGCAACUAGGCACUCCAUUUUGGCGAAUAAAACCCUGGUUUAAGGAGCCAUUUGGCUCCUAGAUUAUACAUCUGAGUUUCCAACACAGUGUGCAGCCAUUAACACAGCUUAAGAAAACAUUCAGUUCAGACGAAAAGGGCAGGGCAUGGCGUAUGGCCAGUGAGGGGUGUGGCCGGGGGUCCCAAGGGCUGUGCAGAGAAGCCUGGAGGGCCACAUUUGGCUUUUGAGGUUGCUGUACCCUGAUAUAGGAAAAGGCACCUCUGUUUUGCCCCCACAACACAAGGGAAGCCGUGGCUGUUAAAGUGGUAUAAUAGAGCUUUAAACGUGUAGGUGUGAAUGCGGCCUAGUUUUCUGGAACUGCCCCAGCCAUAGCAUUCUUAAGCCCAACCACCAACAAAAAUAAACCGAUCUUCAAUACACUUUGUGCAGCAAAAUAAAUAUCUUUUUUUGGGGGGGGGGGGAAUUCCGCCUCCUUUGUGAGCUGGCAUUUGUACACUUCCAGGGCCCCAUCCUCCCAAUUUAACCUGAAUUGGCCUGCAUGCCUUCAGUUUCGAGCCAAUGCUUUUUAAAAUAAAAAUCAAAUUGCAGUCUUCCCCAGAGCCCAUCCAUCAGCGAGUUUUGCACAGAUCGUAUCAGAAAGCGCGAAGUGGGCCAAACAACUCUUGAGCCUGUGCGAGUUGGAGUCUGCCUGGAGUUACUUGCUGGCCAAGACGUGUGUGUUUUUAAUUUAGAAGAGUUGCGAAGAUUUGAAACGACAAGAAGAGGAGAGAGAAUAUUAGGGAGAGCGGGGAAUGAAAGGCACACCCGUCCCCUCCCCCUUUUCCCAGGGUGUUUUAAAUGCAGAAAUAGAUAUGGGUGGGCUUCAGGCAAAAUCUAUAAAAUUCUCUCUGUUGGGAAGGUGGAAAGCAGAGGUUCCUUAUGAGCCUCUGCUUAUGAGACCUCACUUUCCCCCCCCAAAGGCAGAAGAGAGAGAUGAGGCUAAGGAGAUGGAGAGAGGAAAGGUAAUGAGGGCUGAGGAGGGGAAGGAGGCAGAAUAGGAGAUUUUUGCAGAGUUGAAUCUGUCAGUCCAUCAGCUUUCUUGCUUCUGUAAAAGGGAACAGGAAACUCUUUCUAUGCCCAAGGACCAUGUUACCUUCUGGGCAACCUUCAAAAGUCCCUGUGACUGGUGAGCAGGGAAAUUACGGUACCUGUGAAUUUUACCUUUGCACACAGUAGGCUAGUUUCUAUAUACAGUGACACACCCUUCUGUAUUCCCCUUUACAAUCUAAGCUAUUUCAAGGGCUUGGGGAACGAGAGUCAUUCAUUUUUUAAAAUAAUAAUAAUUAUUAAAUUUUCUGUUUUACAAUUUCAAAUGCUCACAUUGCAUCCUUAAGAUAUCAAUGCCUUCCCUUCUCUUUCCAUGGUUCAUUUUACAGAUCUUAAAUCCCUGCAUAUUUUGAAAAAACUAUACCAGUCAGUAUUCCAUUAUUGCAUCCAUCCAAACCUAUUUACACUGUCAAAUUUAUCUUAAUGCUGCCAACAUUUUCAGCUGUACACAAUUUACCAUAUAUUCAAUUAAUGUUUUCCAGCCUUCUUUAAUAUUCUAUAUGUUAAGUCUGUAAGUUGUGCAUAUUCUAUCAACUUAAGUUACUAUUCUUCUUUGGUUGGGACAUUGCUUGUUUUCCAUUUUGGGGCUAACAAAACACGGGCCCCAGUAGAGACAGGCUUGUUCUCUGUUGCUGGUAUUGGAGCCCAUGAACUGGAAUUGCAGAAGAGUAGAUUUCGGUUAGGCAUAACGUCUGGUCCGUAAGAGCAGAUUUACAAGAAUGAGUAAGAACAAGAUUGAGGAACCUGUGGUCCUCCAGAUGUGGUUGGUAGUGACCCUCAUUUUUUUAUUUCCAGGUAUCUCUUGAAGACAUUUCAUUAUUUUCAUGUUUCUUCCACUCCUUAUUUUAAUCCCCACAGUGACCCUGUGAGGUAGGUUAGGCUGAGAGGCCAUGACUGGCCCGAGGUGAGUUUCACGGCCGAGUGGGGAUUUGAUGGAAUAAAAUGAAACCCCUUUUAUUUUAUUUUUUAUCAGCCAGUCACAACUUUUUGUACCACUUUGUGGCAUUUUGUAUGCUAUUGUAUGUAUCGAUGUGUGCUGCAGUACUGUAUUGCAUGAAUACCUCAGCUAAAUAACCUUUUAUUAUGUAUGGAUAAAGAUAAAUCUGAAUUAAUUUCCCCUUUCUGGAUCUUUUGCUCCCACAGGGUUUGGUCUAUGCUGAGGUGCAGAUUUCGACAGAAAGCUCUGAAGUCUUGAGACUUCCUUGCUAGAGUGGCAGAAACCGGUGCUGCUCCAAAGGGCAUUGUGGGGAUGAGAAACGGCGUACGAGCUGCAAGGCUCCAUCACCAGGUUCCCCAGGGAUCGUCCGAUGGUGUCUCCUGAGCUGCAAGGGGCAGCCUGACCCUCUGUUCUCCCACCUCCUUCCUCAAGCGUGCAGCUGGUCAGCUUGCCGGCUCGGUGUUACGGCAAGUGGGCGGUUUUGGCGGUGCUGCGAGGUGUCUGGUGGGGGCAGCUGUGCUAUGAAUUGGCGUUUAUGGAUUGUCCGCCUUGCCCUGGUCUGCAACAGCUUCGCUGAAGGUGGGCAAAGGUUUUUCGUUCGUCUCUCUUUUGGAGGACGAUGCUGACAGUGCACUUAGUCUUUCCAAUAGGGUAUGAAGGGCCGCUGACCCUAGGGAAAUGUCAUGGGGGGGCUGCAGCUGGUGGUGGGCGGAGCCAAAGCCCAAAGUGGGCGGAGCCGGUGACUGAAGACUGUAUUGCCCAGAGGUGGAGCACCUCUGGCCCACGGCCCUCUAGAUCUCUCUGUCUGGCCCUUGGAAAUCUCUCCAGGCUGCUUUUAUCCCCUAGGCCCGAGGUUCCCCAUUCCUUAAAUAAAUCUUUUGGGGGUUUGUUUUGUUUUGGUGUUUUUUGUUUUUUGUUUAUUUCCUUGGAGACCACCAAAAAUACAUUAUGAAAACUUAUGUUCCCUUACUUGCACCACAACUUACAACAGUAUAAGGUAUAUAAAACACAUUCUUUUUAAGUGAGGUACAAGUUAAUAUAGCCCUAUGGAACUGGUCUUUGUAAGCCUAGGGACUAGAAACUUGGUUUUCAUUAUUCGUUUCAUUAUUGAGAGUCAUAGCACACAGACAUCUUUGAAUCAUCCAUUGUUUGCUUAUAAUGGGAACUUUAGGAGCCGAAAGAAUUGGCAACCAGGCUGCAUUUGUCAGUAGAAGGAGUCUACGAAUGUAAAUUUCUUGCAGACUCAAGUCUACAUAGCCAGCCAAGUGUGUAGCACUCCUGUUUUCCCUGGGAUUUCUGUAACUUAACUUUCCGCCUGUUGAUUUCCCUCUGCUCAAUUAAGAAGCUGCCUUUUUGCUUCCGGAUGCCUUUCUGUGCGGCAGUAAUUCACAAAUUAGUGUGGCCAACUUGCUUCCCAGCCCCGUGAUAGGUUGGCUUUUAGCAGGUGAAGCUUUACUGCAUUUGUGUGCUGAGAAAAAAUACACUGUAUUUCUGCCUGUCCUGCUGCUAUUUGGAAAGGCACAGGAACGCUAUUAGGGAGGGGGAAAGUGGCACUUUUGAUCUGGGGUGUGGAUCAAGAGUGCCACUUUUUUGGCAAUAGAGCAUGUUGAGUGAAUGAGGGAAAGCGCAAAGAGCAUAGCAUUAGGGGCUGCAGAUGGAGCCCAUCAUGCGGAAAAUCCAGCACUGCCUGCAAGUUGAAGGGACUAGAAAGACCACAACAUCCCUGUUUAGUGGGACUGUGACCUCCAGUACAGUUUAUACAGUGGUACUCGGGUUACAUAUGCUUCAGGUUACAUACGCUUCAGGUUACAGACUCCGCUAACCCAGAAAUAGUGCUUCAGGUUAAGAACUUUGCUUCAGGAUGAGAACAGAAAUCGUGCUCUGGUGGCGCGGCAGCAGCAGGAGGCCCCAUUAGCUAAAGUGGUGCUUCAGGUUAAGAACAGUUUCAGGUUAAGUACGGACCUCCGGAACGAAUUAAGUACUUAACCCGAGGUACCACUGUAUAAGCCUUGACUAAAGAUGUCACCAAUGAAGGCAGGGUUGCAGAUGUAACACAGUCCAAACAAGGCAAGUUCAAGUGUGGAGAAUCAGUCUUGGUCCCACCGUGAGCCAGAGCCAAAACCAGGCAGAAGUCCAGCCUUAAUCUCAGGCAAAUUAUAGCACAAAAAAUUAGAAUCCAGAGCUGAGAGCCAAAGACUUUUCUUGUUCACAGCAACUAGAUGACUCGAGGGAGGUCUUAAACCACAGAACUGUAGAAUUUGAAGGAACCUAAUCCAACCCCUGCAGUGCAGGAAUCUCAACUAAAGCAUCCAUUACAGAUGACCAUCCAACUUCUGCUAAAAACUUCCAAGGAAGGAGAGUCCACAACCUACCAAGGGAGUUGGUUCCACUACUGAACAGCUCUUCCUGUCAGAAAGUUCUUCCUGAUGCUUAGUCAGAAUCUCCUUUCUUGUCAUUUGAAUCCAUUGGAUCAAGUCCUACCCUUUAGAGCAGGAGAAAACAAGUGUGCUCCAUCUUCCAUGCGACAGCCCUUUAGAUAUUUGAUGAUAACUGUUAUAUCUUCUCUCAGUCUCUCCUUCAACCGUUCCUCAUAAGGCUUGGUUUCCAUAUUCUUGCCUCCUAAACCAUACUCUAACCACAGCUGCUAGCUGUGAUGGAGUAGUGGGGAUUGCUUACUCACAGAUAAGCCUCUUACUCACAAGUAGACCAAUGACUGUCAGUCUGUGGGUGCAUAGUGUGCUGUCACACUUUUGCCUGGACUUAGACCUGUUGCUCUUGAGGACUGGGGGGGCUGCCCCAUCUCUUCCUCCUCCUCAUGACAGUUCCAGGUAUCAAGCCAGAGAGCCCCUCAAGGGAAUCUUCAGCAUUGGAUUCAGGGGUCCCCUCCUGUUGCUUGAGGUCCUCGGCCUUGGGGGUGUCUGGUACCAGGUCAGGGCUAGACGGGACAAUAUUCUCUCAAAACUACACAAUGCGUGAGAGGCUGUUUGGUGUUCUUGUUCAGUUCUUUUUCACGCUGUUUCAGCCUCACCUACACUGAACAUGUAAACUUUUAAUUGAAUACUAGAAUUGGACUCCCGGCCCCAUCCGAACAGAGGAAAGGUGCAAAGAGCUUCUCUUUAACCAAGUGUGGUGUUGGCUUAUAUAGGUGAUUUCUCCCCUAUUGCCUCUUUUUUCCUUUUCGAUGUGGCAGCCAUUUUGUGUGUGCGAAACCCCUUUUGGCAGCCAUUUUGUGACAGCAGUUACUCAAAAAUCCAGGUGUCCCUACGGGCCCCCAAAGGCAUGCCAGCCUCUGGACUAGAACUUUUAAAACUUUUGGAAGCCUUUUUUCAAGGCUGCACGGAAAGCCUUUGUUUGCCUUUUUGGUAAACCACUUUGAGGGUUCCCCCCCCCCUACAAUCAAGUGGUAUAUAAAUUCCAUGGAAUAAAUAGAAAAAAAUAAAAUAAAAUGUGCUUCUGACUUUACCACUAGCAGGUACCCGUGAAGCAGAGCCCCGUGCUGUGAUUGGCCGGACGGGAGAGAGCGCCAUUUUGGGCUGCGACCUACUGAAGCCAGACGAAGCGACUCCUCCCCUCUAUGUUAUUGAGUGGGUGCGUUUUGGCUUCCUCCUCCCCAUCUUUAUCAAAUUCGGCCUCUAUUCCCCACGUGUGGAUCCGGAGUACGUAGGUGAGUCAGCUUCGCUGCCUACCCUUCCUUUUAUUAUUAUUGAUUAUUAACUUUAUAUGCCACUUACAUGACAAAAUGGCUUAUGUGGGGUUUACAAGUGAAAAAAAUCAAUUAUACAAUUUGUACAUUAAUUGAAAUAUGAAUUUAUUUAUUGCAUUUUCUGCCAAGGUGCCCAAGUUUAAAAUACUAAAAGAAAUCAUAUGGAAUGUAACAUUGUGUAUUCUUUAAUAUACGUUAAAAUAGUUUCCACAAAGCAUUGAAAACACCUGCAAUGAAAAUAUGCAAUAAAAAAGCCAGGUUAAAAGCGUAAAAAUUAAAAUAGUUAAAAACGAUUACAUCUGUAGCUUCAAGUUCAGAGGAAUGCUUGCCUAAACAGGUGGGUCUCCAAGGGUUGGCAGCCUGCCAGCACUACUGAUGGGGCCUCUCGUCUUUCAGUAGGGUGGGCGUUCCAUAGCACUGGUACCACCAGUUUAAAAGCCUGCUUCCAUAUUAUCACAAUCUGAUAAUAACCGGGCCAUAGCAGAACUAACUAGGUUCUGUUUCCUCCCCCUCCUCUCCAAAAAAGGAAUAAAGUAGGGAUGCAGAACUUCUGGUUCUCCAGAUGUUGCUGAACUACAGCUCCCAUCAUCCCUGAUCUCUGGCCAUGCUGGAUGUGGCUGAUGGGAGUUGGAGUCCAACAACAUCUGCAGGGCCACAGACUCCCUACUCACAAUGUACUGGACUUUAAAAAAAACAACAUUAUUAUUUAUUAAUUUAUGACUCUGUUUUCACGUACGUCAAGGUGAUUUUACAGAGCAAGUUUGUCCUGAAGAGCUUUAGUAGGGUUUUAUAUUUUGAUUGAUAGAAAGAGCCAAAAGGGAACAGAAGGAGGCAGGACCAGUCGGGGGAUGAGGACCAGGACCUCAAAUCUAGACGCUUGUUGGUUUUUUGGCAUUUGAUGAGUUUCUCAUCUUGUUUUUGUGCACAUCAAACCAAAUUGUGACGCACACUCUCAGCCAGAGCUGCAAACUUGAACAAAUAAGAAAUGUGAUCAGGUUAAAACAAAACAACCCAUACAUUUUUGUUAACUAGUAAAAGAUUUUGUCAAAUGCUUAAUAAAAAGGUAAAGGACCCCUGGACGGUUAAGUCCAGUCAAAGGUGACUAUGGGGUGCGGCGCUUAUCUCGCUACAGGCCGAGGGAGCUGGCGUUUGUCCGCAAUGCUCACACUCCCAUUGGUCCAGGUGGGAGUUACCUGUAAGAAAACAAGGACAUAAGGAGAGGCUGGCGAGUGGCCCAUCUAAUCCAGCAUCCUGAUCUCACAAUGGCCAGCUUAGAGGCCUUUGGGGAAACCAAAAGCAGGAGCUGCUGAACGCAGCAGCUACUCUCCCAACCUGUUGUUUCCAGCAAUUGGAAUUCAGAGCUACAUUGCCUCUGACCGUGAAGGGAGGACAAGCCAUUGUAGCCAGUAGCCAUUCCUCACCCCCAUGCUGUUGUUUAAUCCUGCUUUCAAGCCGUCCAGGUUGGUGGCCGUCACAGCCUCCACUGGAAGCAAAAACCUGUAGUUUUACUUUGUGCCGUGUGAAGAAGUUCUGUCUUUUGUCUGUCCUGGAAUCUUGCAGCAUUCAGCUUCAUUGGAUGUUCCCAGAGUUCCAGUGUUAGAGGAAAGUUUUCACCCUUUCUUUCCUAUCAACUUCUUCUGCACCAUGCAUAAUUCGAUGGCGUGGAGCUAGUAUGCGUCUAACGCAAGGUACUCAGGAGGGACGCUUGGCUGGCCACGCAGAGUGACAGGUGGGGUUCCCUUGUCAUGAGUUACCCACCCUACACUGUCUGAUGUGAUCAGAGACAGCGUGCAGAUCCAACCAGCCCCCAUCACCCUGGGCUGCAGAGAGGUCUGCGCUACUGAGGCUGCAGUGGGGCGGGCGGACGGGGAUGCUGGCUCCCCAAGGGAAAGGGGCUUUGCAUGCAUCAAUGGGUGCCUGCUGAAGCAAGGCAGGAAAUGCCCCAAGCACAGUCUGCCCACCACCCACCCCUUUAUUGACGGGCUGGUGGUGGUGGUGGUGAGUUGGGGGAUGAGGAGAUGAAGGGCUGGGCACACUUUUGCUUCGCACCCCCUGGGCUUGGGAGCAGGCACCGCUUCAAUCCCUGUGUGCGAGAGAGACAGAGAAACUAGGAAGAGCUAUUCGUAUUGAAAAUGCUUGCAAUUUCUGUGAUUUGUUUCAGUGCAUUUGCUUGGGUCUUUUUGGGUAAGGCAUUGGCCUGGACAAAUGGUUUGGGGGGGGCACAUUAGGUGUUUGUUCUGGAGUAUAUACUGGCUGAGGAACAAACUAGGCAUGAUGAGGCAUUUAAAGAUACAGAAUUGCCCCGGGGGGGGGGGGGAGAGAAAAGAAAAGAAAAGAAAGUUGCCGGACUACAAGUCCCAUCAUCUCCAGACCACUGGCUAGGGCUUAUGGGAGUUGGGAUGUCUUACAAAAAAACAAAAAACAACUCAACAACUUUGGGAAUUUUCUAAAUAAAAAGUCAACAAUUUGUUUGAAAUAUGGCAACCCUAGAGUGAGGGGCCUAGCAGGCUAUGGAGUCUUGCAGAACAGAUAUAACGUAACUACAGGUAGCCUAAUGUGUUUAUAAUCAUUUAAUUGUAUUACAACUUACUGAGCUGUACUACUUAACUGUACAAUAACGCUGGACAUAUUUUCAUUGCACCUGCAAGUAAGAGGACUAGAGGCUUUUUAAUCGAAAACCAGAAUAUUCAGGGAAGGAGCCUGGACUAUCCUGAAGGGGGCCAGAUGGGAAGGAAUUGUAUUUCAUCUAUCACAGCUUUCCCCAACCUGGUGCCCUUUUGAGCUACAACUCCCAUAAGCCCUGACCUGUUGUAAUCCAGAACUUCUGGAGCGCACCAGGUUCGGAAAGGUUACCUGUCACUUUCACAUGAAAGAGCAGCCCAAGAAUUAAGCCUGGUGAUUAGUUCACUGUUUAAAGCACUCUUAUACCUCUUUUAAGAGUCAUGGCCACUCUCAAAGAAUCCUGGGAACUGUAGUUUGUUGCAGAACUAUAAAUCCCAGCACCCUUAACAAACAUGAAGCAUUUGGGCUGUCCCUCAGGAGAGACUGGAAAUAGUGAUGCAGCUGGGCCAGUGAGGGACCCUCUUCAGUUCCUGAGGUCCUCAGUCCAGGGCCUGGCCUGACCUUACUGACCACUGCCACCAUGCCUGGCACAACAGCUCAGCGGCAGAACGCCUGCUUUGCAUUCAGAAGGUCCCAGGUUCAAUCCUCGGCCUCUCCACUUAAAAAAGGAGAUGGGAAGUCUUUCCUCUGUCAGAGAGCCAUUAACACAGGUGUAGGGAACCCCUGGGCCUUCAGAUCUUCUCAUGGAAUCAUAGAAUUGUAGAGUUGGAAGGGACAUCUAGUCCAACCCUCUGCAAUGCAGGAAUCUUUUGCCCAAUGUGAGACUCAAACCCACUACCCUGAGAUCAAGAGUCUCAUGCUCUGUCUUGCUGAACUGCAGCUCCCAUCAGCCCCGGCAAGCAUGGCCUAUGGCCAGGGGUGAUGGGAGUCGCAGUUCAGUAACAUCUGGAUCAUCACAGGUUCCGUGCACUAGCCAAACAGACGCAACUGUUUGUUUUAUUUAAGGUACUUGUACCCUGCCAUUUGUGGCAAAGCCCUCCCAAGGCAACUUACAAAAGACUAGCCUGACCUCCUAUCAAAGCAGCUUCCGAACUCCCCCUAACCCCACAGACGGCGAUUAUAUGAGCAACCGGUGUCCUGCGAUGCUCCCGCGAGGGGCUGCAGAGCAAGAGGAUGCGAGCAAGGAGACGGAAGGAGCGGCUCUGUUGAUGGGCUGGGAAAGAGAAGGGGCUGGGGCCUGGGCCUGCACAAAGGCCCUUUUCUUGGUGGGGGCACAAAGGUCAGAUGGAUGCUGCUUGCAGGCCCCUUUGUUUCUUUCUAAUCUCCUAAUCCUGCCUCGAAGCCUUGGCUGCUUGGCAGCUCCUGCUGGGUGGGGAAGCGGGGAUGGAGGGAGAGAUGGAGCAGGGGGUUGGGGGUCUCUCUGGGAAUGGUGGGUGGGGAUGGUGUGUUUGUGCAUUUGUUUGUACACAUGCAUGCAUUCUGACUACCCAUAAGCAUCUCUGCCCAACCACACCAGUGUUGUUUUGGGAGCUUUCCUACCUAGACAGAUCUUCUGUUAAGGCGCACAGAGGUUUUUGGAAGGAGACCUUUGGUUUGUGUGUUUGGCCUUUCCUGUGAGGUGGCAAGUGGCACCGCAGAGCAACGUAGAAAGUACACAGGCAGCUGCUUUAGGUAGAAUCAGUCAUCCUGUCUCACAAACUAGCUUAGCAUUUUUGGUCUGGCAACAGCUCUCGUCUCUGUCUGGAGAUGUCAGGGAUUGAACCUGGUACUUCCUGUAUGACGUGGCUCUCCUUUUAAAAAUAACAACUCCAGUCCUUAUGGAUCUGAAUCAAGGGCUGAUUUUUGUUAACCAGACUAUUGGUCCAUCUCGCUCAGUUUUGUCUACACUGACAUGGCCGCAGCCCUCCAGGGUCUCUUUCAACCUUGAACCUGGAAUCUUUUAUGCACAAAGCAUGAGCUCUACCACUGAUUGGUAGCCCUUCCCUGAUGUGUGUCGUCUGCACAAUGUGAGCUGUGCACUGUGAUUUACACACAGAAGGUGCCAAGUGCAAUCUCUGGAGAAAAUGUCUUUUCCACUACUGUGCUAUGUGAUCCUUUUAAGUGAAGGUUCCAGGGAUUGAACCUGUGAUCUUCUGCAUGGAAAGCAACGUGCUCUAAGACUGCACUGUGGCCCUUCGGAUCUCAGCUGCUAUGUUCAUACUGAAGCAGCUUUUGUGCACCACCUGCUUCAUUCCAAAGGCUCUGAGAAGCUCUGCUUUCAAAAGAGCAAGGUGCUAGUCCUCAAGAUACUUUUAAAAAUGAAUUAAAAACCCACUGUAUCUUGCAGGCUUCAUUAUUUGUCCAGCCCAAAGAAGCCUUGAUAUUAGUCAGUUCGUGUGUGUGUGUGUGUGUGUGUGUGUGUGUGUGUACAACUAUGGAUUUACUGAACUGUGUUUGUGUAUUAUCUGAACAAUGCUACUUCUUGGGACUCUAAGCGUCACCCUGCUUCAGUCCCAAACUGGGGAAAAAAACCUAUUGCUUUAAGUUUCUAGUCCUCAAUUUACUUUGAAAAACUCAUAUAUAUUUUUUGGUAUGCUGUGGGCUAACAACCCCCGUUCCCCCCCCCCCGCUUAAGCAUAGUUUUUUUAGUUGAUAGGUUCCAAAGGGUCAUUGGAGCACAGGGCCUGGAUAAUUGUGUGUGUGUGUGUGUGUGUGUGCGCGCAAAAGUGUGUUCUGCCUUUUGCAUGCUGUAAUGUUCAGCCUCCGCGCUGGUGGGUCAUUCCAAGGUUGUUCUCUGGGAGGGGAUUUUCAGCCUAGCUAUUAAUUGGCGGCACUGGGGAUUUGGAGAUGGGGCUGCAGCAGCAGCAGCAGCCGUGGCGUAGGAGGGGGAUGUUCUCCUAUUGGGUAUUUAAAGUGGGCCACUGGCAGAUUCCCCUGGGAAGCCCGUCAGCCUUAAUAAAAGUGGCUGCGUGGGCCACAGGAUCUCCUGCUCUUUAAUUAGAAGAAGGGAGCGAUGUCUCGUGCUGGCUGGCUGGGUGUUAUAAUUAUUACAUAUCAAUAAGGUUUCUUACAUCACCUUCACCGUAAGGUAUCAAAGUAGGUGACAACAAUAAUAUACAAGAAAAACAAGUAAGAUGGAACAGAAUGGUGUAAAUUCAGCAGAAGAGGUGGGUCCCUAAAAACAAAAUCCCUUUAACUGUCAAAGGCCAGGGUGAAGAUGCUGGGUGCUCUUCUGUUAGGAGGGAGUUCCGCAAUUUAGGGGCUGCCGCAGAGGAAGCCCAUCUUAUCAUAGAAUCAUACAGUUGGAAUGAACCCUGAGAAUCAUCUUGCCCAACCGCAUGCAAUUGAGGAAUAUGCAGCUGUCGCUUAUGGGGAUCGAACCUGCGACCUUGGUGUUAUCAGCACCACACUUUCUAACCAGCUGAGCUAUCCAGCCUCUAUCCUCUCCAGGCCCUCCAUCCCCUGCACUUCUGAAGGUGGCAGAUCUUCCAGCCUGGACAUUGAGGUCCAGCUCCAAAGGCCUUCUGGGGGUUCCCUCACUGCAAGAUGGGAAGCUACAGGGAACCGGGCAGAGGGUCUUCUCGGCAGUGGUGCCCGCCCUGUGGAACCCCCUCCUAUCGCAUGUCGAGGAGAUAAACGAUUAUAUGACUUCCUGUAGACACCUGAAAACAGCCCUGUUUAGAGAAGUUUUUAACGGUUGAUUUUUCAUUGCGCUUUUAACACUUUGUUGGGAGCUGCCCAGAGUGGCUGGGGCAACCCAGUCAGAUGGGCAGCAUAUAAAUAACAAUGUUGUUGUUGUUGUUGUGAUGGAUGGAUGGAUGGAUGGAUGGAUUAACACAAGUGGUGGCUGGUGCCUAUUGAGGCAGGCAGGGCUGGAGCCCCACAGUAGUUGGAGUCAGAGCCAAUGGCAAGCAGAGCCAACUGGUCCUAGUUUUCCCCCUUACGGAGUCCUGUAGUGGCAACCCUGAGACUGAGGAGGAAGAAGCUGGCAGGCAGUGCCAAGCCCUGGACUUGGAUGCAAAGGCAGGCAGGUGGAGACUGCCUAGGAGCAGAAUGAGGUCAAUGGGGCAGAUUCCCAUAUGGGAACUAAUGGACCCAUCUCCACUGAUUUACAUGUGAUUUAGCGCUUUUGAACACCAAGAAGUGAGCACCUUGGAUUGCAUAUGGAAAGACUCCUGGUGGGGAGUGAAGUGAGAAGAAUUCUUUUGUGUUCCUGUCAUCCUUGCCCCACAAAAUACCUUCAUUAAAAACACUUCAGGCAAAAGAAGCCAGCUGCAAAACUAAUGACAUAUAGUCCAAGGCUGGGCUGACCCCUGGGGCUCGAGGGUGAAAAGGCCUGGCCUCCUCCUGGUUUGCAAGCCAGUGGCCAAGUUUAAAACAUUUGCCUAACAGAUACCUCCAAAUUACAACAAUUGCUGUAGUUAGCUUUUCUAUACAGUGCAGGUUCCUGGUGCUUAUGCGAUCUCAACAGAUAAGUCCUUUGCUUUUAAAGAAGAACGUAGAGAAGGACUGGAAAUGAGGAAACUGCAUAAGAAGCAGACAUCAUCAACAUCAUAAAAUUAUUACUUAUACCCCACCCAUCUGACUGGAGACUGAUAGGGGGAUAAGGCUGCCAGUGGCUACUAGCCACAAGGGCUGUGUUCUGCUCCAGUGUUGGAGACAGUCUGUCCCUGAAUGCCAGUUGCUGGGAAUCGAAAAAAAGGAGUUUGUGCUUAGGUUCCAUUUGUGGGCUUCCCAGAGGCGUUUUAUUGGCCACUGUAAGAACAGGAUGCCGGACUAGGUGGGCCACUGGCUUGAGGCAGCAGGGCUGCUUUCACACCCUUAACAUCUUUCCACCAUUUCAAGAUGGCCUUGUGGGCCUGGCACAGCUAUAACAUCCGUCGGAAUCUCCAUUCCUUCCUUUCUGCAAUGCCGGGGGUUCGUAAACCCCUGCUCUAUUGGUCAAAAGACACGUAAAACUGUUGACAUGCAGACACGCCCGCACCCAACUUGAGAAAUGCUGCUUUAAUUCUCCAGAGCAGGGAGGCCAACCAAGCCCUGGCACCUCACGUGGGAUCGGGGUAGCCACCUGUUGCCCUCCUGAUGUUGCCCUGCAACUCCCAGCCUUGGCCAAUGCCGGCUGUGGCCAAUGGGAGUAGGGAAGCCAAAAGCAUCUCGGAGGGUUCACCCUGUGUGUGGAGUGUGGGGGCGAUCCUUCAAUCUCUCCCAAACGCCCUUCUUGCAAAAGCUGGCAGGGCCUGUGGUGUGGGAAGCUCAGGGGGCGGGAUGGUGUUCUGGAUGGUUCCCAUGACAGCAGGCUGUCCGUCUUCAGCACUCCCUCGUGGUUUGGGGUGGGUGGGCUUGGAGGUGAAGGAGAGGCCCUCGGCUGGGGCCUGCGAGAGUGAAAGAGGUGGGUGGGUCUGCUGAGUGGAACAGCAGCCCCUUUCUCUCUCUCUCUCUCUCUCUGUUUUCUUUUUCCUUUUGAACUGUCAAGGUCAGCCGAAAGGAUUUCAAACUGUGUUGCCAUGGUUCCCAGGUGGCCCUUUGCAAAAGCCUGAGGAGUCUGUUGGCAAGAGAGGCCCUAGGAGGCCUUGAGCCAGCAUUGAACAUGAGUGGCUGCCGCAUUUUUAAAAAAGUUUAUUAUUGUUUAUAAGUGUGCAUGUGGUGUGUGUGUGUGUAUGGAUGUAUGUAUAUAUCUCAUAUACAUACACAGAGAGAAAGAGCCCUCAUAAAAUAUCAAUGUGGUGUACAGCAGUGUUGAAAGAAAGCAAUCAUUAAAACAGUGGUGAAGUGAGAUGAAGAAUGGAUAAUUUUUCCUCUGCCCUCUCUCAUAACACUAGAACUUGCAGUGGCCACAGUAAAGUUGAUUGGUAACAAAUGCAGAACGCGGGGGGUGGGGGUGGGAGAGAGACAGUUCCAUAAGUUUAACUUACGGAACUCUAGGCCGCAAGAUGGGGUGAUGGCUGCUGGCUUAGAUGGCUUUAUAAGUCGAAUAGGCAAAUGGCAGGAGGAGUUGGAGAUGGUGGUGGGCUCUCCUUCAUUGGAGGUUUUUAAAAAGAAGUUUCUUGAGCUGUGUUUCCUGCAUUGCAGGGGGUUGGACCAGAUGACCCUUGGGUCCCUUCCAACUCUACAAAACUCCCAGUCUCCUAGGGCAGACACGUCCAACCAGUCGACCGUGAUCGACAGGUAGAUCCCCAGGGUGAUCCUGGUAGAUCGUGGGUGAUUGUGGUCGAUCACGGGAUGAAAUAAAGUGGGCAAGGAAUGUCACUGCCCCCUGUCCCCCGGCGCCAGGUCCCUCUGCUGCCGCAGCAGCAGCAAGGGGAGCUUAGUGAGGCAGCAAUUGCAAUUAAGCGUGACGCAUGCGAGGGGCAGUGUAGGACAGGCUGGUGAUCAAUGUUUGACACCCCCCCAAAAAAAAUACCUUAAGAACCCUGCCCCCCCCAAUAAGCUCAACAACUGUGAGCAACCCUUUACAAGAAAAGUUCAACAACUCUGGUCAAUCUCCCCCCGCUUCCACCCACCCACCCCACGCAUACUCCUCCUCCCUCCAAUGACAAUGGGUAGAUCGCUGCCAGUUUUUUUACCUCUUGGGAGUUGGACGUGCUUGUCCUAGGGGAUACCCUGGGCUGGAUUCAAGUAAAUAGCUGUGCUAGUGGGACUAGUCACAAUGAGUCGAGCUAACGCAAUGAGGGCUUCCCACCCUCUUGUGCCAUCCCCCAAAUCGGCUCUGGGGGUAGUGGAAGAACCCCCAGAACAGGUCAGUUGAGGGGAGAGAAGAUCAUUCUGCCUGGCAAGCAGAAAUCUUUGUUUCCUUAGCUCAGCGUUGAGUUCCACUCUCUGAUUUCCAUUCCAGGAAUAUGUUUGCUACUGCUUGGGCUUGGCCCUACCCCAGAUUGUAAAACUCAUUUAAUAAGUUCAUUUGAAGGGCAGGAAAUUAGCUUCGGUUGGGAUGGGCUGCAAUUCUGAACACAGCAAACUGUUCACAAGCUCACAUCCUGGUUUGGAACAGCCACCGCCCCACCCCAGUGGCAGACGCUCGCUGUGGUAGAAUAGUCUGUUGUCAUUCUGAACCACAGGUGUGAGGAAUCUCACUCCCCUGGUUAAAAGACGUCCCUGCAGGUAGAAAACGAGCAUAGCAAGGAGCAGGCAAGGCUAGAAUCUUGGGAAUAUUUGUGAACAUCAGUUGCCUACCUGUAGUGAGAAGCAGUACAGCCCACUCUGUUGCCUUUGACUCCAAGCUGAUUCAAUCCAGGGUGUAAUUCACCCUGACUGGAAUGCAAGAGCAUAAGAAAAGGAGCCCUGCUGGAUCAGGUCAAGGACCCAUCUUGUCUAGCAUCUUUUCUUCAAAGCGCCCAAACGAGAUGCCUAUGGGAAGCCCACAAGCAAGACCUGAGUGCAGUGGCAUGCUGCCUCCAACAGUGGAAGGAGAACAUAGCCACUGUGGCUAAAGGCCUUGUCCUCCAUGAAUUUGUCUAAAGCUUUCCGAGUUGGUGACUGUCAAUGCAUCUUGUGGGAGCGAGUUUAGCUAAGUGCCAUGUGAAGAAGUACCUCCUGUUGCCUGUCCUGAAUCUUCCAGCUUCAUACAGGCCUUUUCCACAGUCCUAGGAGCACCGUUUAACAUAGACACAUGCACACACAUGCAAAUAGCGCAGUCAAGGUUACUACUGGUCUGCAUUUCUUUCACACUGUGUUUAUUUUCAGAGAGCAAAUGGAGAGCUUUUGAAAACCAGACUUUCUCUCUGUUGACUUUCUUCCUGUUGGAGGUUGUAAUUACGGGUGGGGUUGGGUCCAUGGUCUUCUUUUUAUGGGUGGUAAUAUUGACAGUUGUGGCUUUAUGGCAGUGAGGCUGGCCGGCCUAUUUGUUUAUGCCAUGUGAAGCAACCGAGAGAUCUCUUGACUCCAUCCCCCACCCUCUUCCUUGCAGGCUCCAGGUUUUGGGAGAGUCUUGGGUAAGGGGCCCCCAGUGGGCGCACCUGGCUGCUGAUGUUGGCGAUAGCAAGGCAUUGGCCAUGCAAAGAUCUGAGCUUCUCUAUGCCUUUUCUCAGACUGCUUUAUUGAGAACUUCAGUCUGCCCCUGCUGCUCAGUAGGGACAAUGGAAAAAUUUGAUUCAGUUCUCAUCGAAAGGCAAACUUAGCCUAAUUCGCAGUUUCCAAAACAAUUGUGAACCAAAACAUAGCCAUCCUUUUGAAAUCUGCCCUUCUCUGAACUUUGCAGUGCAAUUCUCCAGCCAAGUAACAUGGGAAAAUGCAUACACUAGGGUGAACUGUGUGGGAAAAUGCAUAUGUGAGUGAAAAUGGCAUGCAAAGGUGCAUUAUAUAAGAGGAAGCAGCUUUGCAAAACUGUGCACAUUAAUAUACACAAAGUUGUGCAUAUGAGGAGACAGCCACACUAUAAAUGCUGCUGGAUUUUCAUGAGGACUUAAAAACAAUCACAAACUGGUGUGUAAAUGUGAGAAGUGAACUUAGGACGAAAAAUAAAAGCUAGAAAGGGACUGCUAUUGCCCAUCCAAAUAUCACUAAAUUUGUCCAUGGCAAGUCUACGUUUGUACACAACUUGUUCAUGUGAUGCCAGAUUCUACAUAUCUUCUAUCCAUUUGUUAAAAGAAGCCCCAUUUUUAUUCUUCCAGUUCAUCAAUACCAGUCUUUUUGCCAUAGUUAAGGGCAUGGAGAUUCCAUACAUAUUGUUCCUUUGUUAGGUGUAUAAUUCAGAAGGAUAUUUUCCUCUGCAAAUUUGAGAUUUUUCACCAUACAGUUGUGUUGAUCCCUUUACAAAAAAUUUGCCCAUAUAGGACAUUGUAAGAAAACCUUGUAUGUUUUUAAGCUGCAUUGCCCCUAUUACAUCUCCAGCAGCUAGAUGUCUUGGAUAGCCCUUUCAUAAACAUGCAUAAUGCUUGUUAAAAGAAAAGGAAAGAUGCAGAGAUAUGAAGCCACCUUUACACUGAGCCAAAACAUUCAUCCAUAGAGGAUAGCAGCUCUCCAAAUUCUUAAGGAGAGAAGGAUCUUCCCCAACCCUGCCGGCUUACUAACUGGAGUUUCAGUCUGGGUCCUUCUGCAUUCAGAGCAUGUCUUCCACCCCUGAACUUGAUUGCCUUCCCUCAAAGGGGAUGAGAGUGCUCAAUGCUGUACCAAACCCACCACAUUCAAAUCAUCAUUCCCAAGACCAGUUCAACAUGCUUUCUAGCUGGUACUGAAAUAAACUUGGGGGUUGACUUCUUCAUUGUCAGAACUGACUUCUUAAUUGGGCAGUACUUAAUCUCCUUAAAAGCAAGAAAACCUAGGCAACUGUCUUAAUACCAAGGUCAGAAUAUUUGUCCGUCUAGCUCAUUACUGUCUGCUUUGACUGACAGCAGUUCUCCAGGGUCUCUGGCAGCAACAUGUCUUUCCCAUCACAGCAAUGGGGAGUCUCUGGCCUGUGAAUGCCAGUUGUGGAGCAGGUAAAUAUGCUAUUGAGCCAAAAAGUGGUUUGCAGCUUCUUAUCACAUUCAUGUGUUUUGGAGAUGAUUCAGGGUGUUGAAUGAGGUCUUGGGACAUGGGUGCUCCUCCAGACAACCUGGUUUGCUUGCACAAAGCUAAUGCUGUGGUUAGGCUGUAUGCUGCCUUUAUUGAGCAUUCACUCUGACGUGUUUGCAGGGAGGUUAUAUGCCAAUGAGCAUUAUCCUGCAUUUACCCAUAUGUCUUCCUGUUAGUUGUUAGUAAUCCUACACUUUUCAGUGCAUUUCCCCAUCACUUUCCAAACUGCAGAAAGUCAGCACUGGUUGUCAGUUUGCUGCUGGGUGAAGUUCAGGGUUAUUGUGUUAAUUUUCAAAGCCUUAAAACAACUUGGCCCCAAAAUGCCUGAUUCUUUAUGGACCAUCUCUGUUGCCGAGGUCUUUGGAUGGGGUACUUUUUAUGGCCCCCCCCCCCCUGAAUUUCAGGUGUCAUUUACCAGGGGCCAGGCCUUUAGUGUGGCAGACCCCCAUCCCCACCCCCUGUGGAAAACCUUGGCAAUAGUGGUUCAGCAGGAAUCAUACUUGUUUGCUUUUAGAUAUCUUAGGCAGAACCUGAGAUCCUUUGCCAACCAACGUUUUUCUCUUAAUUGUUUAUACUGUGCUUUUCUGUUCUGUUCUGUACUGUAUUGUGAUAUUUGAUAUCUACAUAAAUGCAAGUAAAUAAAAAAGUCAGUUUCUUUGUUGACAGUGGAUUUGUUGCACCAAGGCAACAGAAGGCUUCGAUCCACUUUAAUUGCACAAAGCUACAUUUCUCAGUGUGCACUCAAAUCCUUUGCACAAAAUGCUGGCAGUCUAGAGGCACCUGAACUCUGGACUUGGCUGUGAUGGGGUCAAAGCUGUCCUGAUCUGAGCUCAGCGACGCUGUGUGGUAUGAAUGUGGAGCUGAUGGGAGAAGCUUGCUUUGCAGUCUGAGGCCUGAGCUGAACCUCUUGUGGGGUGGUUACUGUGACAAAUAUCUGCCUGUCUCUUUCCCCUUUUCUUCCUCCUUCUCUUUCUUCUUCCUUUUUUCCGGGUCACCGGCUUUUAAGAGAGGCUUCUCAGCCCGACUGUCUGGCCACCCUUGUUUAACAGCCACUUGUGGGAAUCUGACUAGUUUGAGCCAAGGAGCUUGCUGGAAUGUGCUGUACAUUCUUCUGCUGAGGGAGUUUAGCUGAUUCUUUUCUUCGUUUGAUUGGUAUUAUUUGUUUGUUUGUUCUCCUGUCCCAAGUUCGAAAUGAAGGAGUGGGUGCAUUGCUUGGAGGGGGGGUGUCCCCCUUGAGCCAGUGUUGACCCUAGAGACUCCUGUGUUCAAAACACUUUUUGUUGGGAUCAACUGAUUCCUCCCCUGUCUUUUCUGAACAGGGAAAGCUUCUCUUUUGAUGCUGUGUCACUGCAAAAAUCAGCUGAUCUGCGGGGCACCUAGGCAUUUAGUUGUAGUGACUGAAACCCAGGUUUAAGAUGGUAUUUGGCUCCUAGCUUUUCUAUCUCAGUUUAUAAAACUGUUUAAAAGGUGCUCCUUCAAUACCUCCCUACAAGGUGACAGUCAGCAGCAUCCCUGUCAACAUGGAUAGUUGGAGCAUCUGGUACAGGUAACUUUGAUCGUACACUUAUUUAGCAUACGUGUUCACAGCUUUACACAUGUUGCCAGAAAAUAAUCCAAAAAUAAAUAAAUGAAAUUGUGCACACAGUGCGGGGGGAGGAAAUGGCAAGAAAAUGGUGCGUGUGGAGGAAAAUUGGGCAGGAUCGCUGGGGGAAACAGCUAGGAAUCCCAGCAGUCUUUGUGAGCAGAAGUGGCGGUUGGAGAGAGUGGUUGGAGGAGGAGGCCACAGAAGCUUGUGGAAAGGUUUGGGGAGACAAUGGAGGGUUUUGGAGUGCAGAGGAGGAGGUUUAGUUUUCAUAACAGCCCCAAAAUGCAAGGCAUCAUCAUCAGCUGCUGAGAAACUGAAGAGGAGGAGUUUGGUUCCCAUGCUGGAAGAGGUUAGCCGUUCUAGACUGCUUGAGGGAUGGCAUGUCUGCAUGUGCUGUGGCGCACAAAUUCGUCCAGAACGAGUCCAACAUCUGUGCUAUCAGGUUGCACAAGGAGAUUCGCGGGGCUAUGGCAGCAAGCGUACCACUGACUGCAAAGAUAACCAGUCAGGUGUGGGGUAAGGCUUUGGAGAAGAUGGAGAAGGCACUAAACUUGUGGCUGGAAGUCACGGACCAGAAAUGUGUUCCUAUGGAUGGCAGCAGCUUACACCAAAAGGCUCUGAGCCCCUAUGACCACGUCAGACCUUCCACCACAGAUGGGGACCAGAGUGCCAAGGAAUUUAAAGCUGGCCCAGGCUGGCUUAACAGCUUUAAGAUCCACUUCCACCUGAAGAAUGUGGAGGGGAGGCUGCAUCUGCAAACAAAGAGGCUGUUAAAGUGCACGACUAAAGCGGCCGUUGGACAAUGAAGUAUAGCUUCCAGAGCAAGUCUUCAGUGCAGGUGAGGCUUUUCUGGAGAAAAUGUCCAAGCAGACUUACAUUGCCAGAGCUGAAAAGCCAAGCCCUUGGCUUCAACGGUGCAAAGGUUUAAGUGACUGUGCUGCUCUGUAGCAUUGCGGCUGGACACUUAAUAAAGCCUGGCUUGUUGUACAGGUCCCAAUACGCCCGUGCCCUAAAAGGCAACAAAAAGAAUCUGCUGGGUGACUUCUUCAUAAUAUCUGGAAUGGUUCUACAACUGCUUCAUUCCAGAGGUGAGGUGUGACCUUGAGGAGAAACAGGUGCAGUUGGCUUCUGCGCACAAUGGCCAACCUCCAUGUAAGAUGCAAGUUACCUGUACUGCGUAUGGAAAUGGGCAUAGCCCUAUGAGUCAGGAAAAUAGGAAGCUGCCUUAAACCAAGUCAGACCCUUGUUCCAUCUGACUCAGUGCUCUCUGCACUGACAGGCAUCAGCUUUCCAGGGAUACUGCCAGGGAUUGAACCCUGGGACCUUCCGUACAAAAAGCAGGAGCCAUGUCACUGGGUGGGCAUCUAAACUGGAUUUGAAUUGAUUUUAUGUAUGUGCUGUUGUCGUUUUAAACUGUUUUGGCAUGCAUAUAAUUGUUUUGUUUUCAUAUAUGCCAUUGUUUUAUACAUGUUUUUUAUUAUAUGGUUGUAAAUUGUUUCAGGAUGCCUCAUGGGAAAUGAUUCAUAAAUGAAAUAUGAUGAUAGUGUUAAAAAUAAAUAAAUAAAUAAAUAGAUGAUAGAUAGAUAGAUAGAUAGAUAGCUCUCACGGAAGCCACUGCUGGAAUAGGAGAGCUUUUAGCUGAGCACUUUUCCAGCUCUACAAUUCUAUGAUUCUAACUCGCUACAGUGAAAACUAUGGGCCCGUAGACUCCGCUAUUCAGUGAAAGUGGAAGCGUUUCCUGCCCCCUGCACCCCCAAGUUUGGGUGCAACCUGCAAAUGCCAAAUAUUUCCCCAGCCACUCAGUUAGGCACAGUGAUUAGUUGAUUGGAGAAACGCUACCAUGGCCUCACCAUUGCUGAAGAGCAUCUGUUACCUUGCAGGUGCAGUCUUUCCCAAAACUUCUCCCCCCCCUUUCCCCAACCACUCAUUUCUCUGCCCCCCACCCCUAAGCACCACCCUUCUUCCCAGCGCCUUCCACACCUCCUGUGCAACCCCACAGUGGCUAAGCAUAGUGGGGUGGAGGGCAGGCCAUUCUACCUUUGUAUGCCUUUUGAAAGGGCCGUUGCUAAGCAAUGGGAGGUUGCCGGUUGCUAAGGCCACUUGAUGGGUUUUCGUUAACUGCCAAAGACCCUCUGGUGAUUGAAGGGAGGGGAGGGGAGCUGGGCAAGGCAGGCAGCCUGGCUGGCUGGCUGGCUGGCUGGCUUCAGAGAGAGGGGUGGAGGGGGCUGGGAUGGCGUCCUCCUAAUUAAACUCCAUCAACUGGGUUUAAUCUAUUGUUCCAAAGGCAUCUUUGUUGAGAGGGGAGAAGGCCAUUCCCUUGGGUGGAGUAGGAUCUGGAUUUGGGAAUCCAAGCAGUGAGAACCUAAGGGAAGUCCUGCUGGAUCAGGCCAAGGGCCCAUCUAGUCCAACAUCCCAUUCUCACAGGGGAGAGCCAAAAACCUAUGGGAAGCCUGGAAGCAAGACACUUCCUCAGGCAUCCUUCCACCUGGGUCCUCCCCAUUGCCAGGCAUUGGGAAGCUUGGAGCAGCUGCCUUUAACUAAUGCCUUAACCUGUGCAAAGUCAACCAUGUGGUAUUGCUUCCAGGAAGGAAUUAAAAAAUAAGGAUUUCCAUUCUGGAUCAGAGCUGAGAUCCAUCAGCAGUUAAUCAGCCAGUCUCUGUCCCAACCACCACCACCACCCAUUUUGGUGUUUCCUACAGGGACAUGGGUGGCGCUGUGGGUUAAACCACAGAGUCUAGGACUUGCCGAUCAGAAGGUUGGCGGUUUGAAUCCCCGUAACGGGGUGAGCUCCCGUUGCUUGGUCCCUGCUCCUGCCAACCUAGCAGUUCGAAGGCACGUCAAAGUGCAAGUAGAUAAAUAGGUACCGCUCUGGCAGGAAGGUAAAUGGCGUUUCUGUGCGCUGCUCUGGUUCGCCAGAAGCAGCUUAGUCAUGCUGGCCGCAUGACUCGGAAGCUGUACGCCGGCUCCCUCGGCCAAUAAAGCGAGAUGAGCGCUGCAACCCCAGAGUUGGUCACGACUGGACCUAAUGGUCAGGGGUCCCUUUACCUUUACCUUACACUUUGAACACUAGGGUGCCCUGUUUUUCCGGAAUUGGAAUUGAGGUACACUUCACUCUAGGAGAGAGUCAGGCCCAGCAUCUGUUCACAGUCCCCUUGGACAGAUCCUGGUACCCCAGAAGUGCCCACCUAGCUCUGAUGCCUGCCUCCAGUCUCCUGUAGAAGAGUUAGAGCCCCUCCAGAUUGUGUAUUCAUAACAAUUUGUGCUCAUUGUGGUAUAUGCAAUCCCACUUUCAGUGUUGUUUGUGCCUGCAAAAUCUCUGAGGCAGACAUACGACUUUGUUUCCAAUUUGCAUGCCCUGUAACUUCCUGCUAAAAUCCUGCAAUGCAAAUGUUCUGGGUUUGUUGGGGAAGCGCCACAGAACAACUUAGAAGGCAGAAUGAUGUCCAGUACAAAACUCACCUAUGGAAAAAGCUACCAGCCUGGAAGGGCCCUUAGGCUAAGGUUACCAGAUGUCCCCGGAUUUACAAAUCAGUCCCCAUACAAAAUCCAUUGAAGUUGAAAAGUGUCCCCGGAUUCAUUGAAAAAAAUCUGGGAACCUUACCUUAGGCUCUAGCCAUUGCUAUAGCGGCUGCCAUUUUGUUUUUACCUGUAUGUCGCGCAGGUCUGGAGCACUGUGGGAAAAGAAGGUGGCAGCUGCCAAUUAGGACUGCUGUUUCUUCAUUCAUGUACAUACACAAUGCCCUGGAUUGGAAUGGUGUCCAAAAUCAGGGGGGCUGUGAUUGGCCUGGUAAACUUUAAUAUGAGGACAUGGGAUGAUGUCCUUGGAAUGAUUUCUUUCAGCGUUUGGGUGUUGAUCCGUUGCAGACCCUUUACAUCCAGGUUAUCAAGUCUGUGGCAGGGGGUCAGGCUGGCCAACUCUUGGGGGCUCCUAGGGGCAUAGUGCAUGAUGCCUGCACUGUCAUUGUGUGUGUUGGGUCCGUGCCAAAUGCCUGCAGGGUUGCUGAGCCGAUUACAGGUCUGAUAAUAGCCCUGGGGCAGGAUUAGGCCGGUUGUGGUCACUGCUUCCUUAAGUUUCUUAUCCUCCCCGCUCCAUCGUCAAAACAAGCUAUGCCCGGUUCUUAGUCAGGAAACCCCUCUCGCCCUGUCCCUUGUGGCUGUACCACUUACUGGUGGAAUAGGGAGGUCAAAUUGCAAUUCCUACAAAGUUCCCAAAUGCCCAGUCAUGUUCCAUCAUCUACUUUGGACUGUCUCCUAAGCCAACUUUCCCCUGCAAAGUUUGUCAUCCAGAACCACUGCUGAUAUACAAGGGUGACCUGAUGAGCUACUACUGCCAAACCCAUUUGGGGUAACAGCAGGGUGAUUUUGUCCUCAUUACUCAUAUCUGCAAGUUUCUGAUUAGUUUAGCUUUGAAAGCAUCUCUGUCUCUUUUUCAGGCCAAGCGGCUUACAAUGAUCCAAAGCACAACAACAGUCUGCAGCUGCUUUUCUUUCUCCUAAUCCUGAAAAUAAGUCAACGUAUAUUAAAUAUUACUGUUGGGGGGGGGGUCUUUAUAAAACCACAAAUUGCAGAAGGCCAUGACAGAAAAAUAUAAGAAGCCAAAGAUUUAUAACAUGUUUUUAAAAUUGUUGACGGUUCCCUCAAAGGCUUUGGCUUCCACUCUUUUCUAAAGGCCUACCUUUUAUCCCUCCUUGAGGCCUGCUUUUUCUUUCUUUCUGGCCUCUGACUCCAGAGCCCUUAAUCCUGUUCUUGACAGUAACCACCUAAACGAUGUGUUUUUUCCUCCCUCAGCUCCAGCGAUCAUUUCUCAGGGUGUCUCAGGGUAGGCGCCCCUCUGAGUAGAAUAAGGGCCCCCAAAGGCCUUAGAGUGGAUCGCUUACCACAAUUUGAAGCUAGUGAAGUAAUACACUUUACCUUCUAAAAGCUGCAAUGUAAAACUAACCUCCCCCCCCCCCAAUAAUUUGGGAAUCUCCCUAAGUUUUCUUCCCACUUUGUAUCUUGAAUAGUACAGUCCUUGGGGCAGGGACCUGUCUCUUUUGUUAAUGCCAUUCUAUAAGGUGUCGUGGAUGUGAUGAAAUUAUGAUUAUGGUAAUCGCUUUAUUAUCUAAGCUAAUUUAUUGUAGCUGCUGAUUAAUUGCAUCGAUAGGCAGAUUUUGUUUUUCAUGUUUAGGAAUAGCAAGCACUAGGACAAUAUUUACCUUCAUAUCUGCUUUUGUUUUAUUAUAUUAAAAAUAAAACACUGGGGUGGGUUUGUUUUUUGCCUUUUUCCUCCGGGGGUCGGGGGGGGUGUUGUAAAAGGAAGAAGUUCCUAGCCGCUGAGGUACAGGGAGGUGCUGAGAUCUCAGAAGCGAGAUGUGUUACUGAUAGGGUUGCCACCUUCGGUCAGGCAAAAUAAAGAACAGGUCAGAAGGGGGGAAUUGGGGGGCUGAAAAUUACUUUAUUCAUCACUACCUUUGCAAGGAAGGAGUUUUGGGGGCAAAUGCCCUCGCAUUUUAGCUGCUACGCUGCACUCUGAUUUCUUUUCCUUCCAAUCAGGGUUUGUAUGUGUGCAGAAUUAAAAAUUAGCAUCAUUUGUUCAGAACAAGCAUUAAACUAAAAGCCCAGUGGCUCUUGACUCUCUGCUGAUCAGCUUCCCCCUCGCUGUUCCACAGGCCUCCCUGUGGCCAUCCCGUCAGGGGAAGGCGUUGGCUGUAUCCAUUGUUAGUCCUACACAGUGCAGACCCAUUGAAAACAAUGGACAUGCCUAAUUUAGGUCCAUUAAUUUCUGUGGCUCUAAUCUGAGUAUAAUUUAGUUGGUUGCAACGCAUUGUUGCAAAAACAGACUCUCUGGGUGAGUGGCUUUGAUAUGUUUUGCUUUGCAUUGGCUUCUCUGCCCUCUCCCAAUUUCAGUACGUUAAUUGAUUUUUUUUCUUAAUUGAAGGCCUGUUUCCUAGUGGCAAAAUUAGCUCUUUAAAACUUACUCUGUCUCAUUGUAAAUCAGUAUGGUUGGAACCAUCCGGUUCCAGCUGGUCUUGGCUGCAGUGGGCACUGAACUGGCUGCAUAGAUAUUCCCACCAUUCCUCCAAGGAGCUCAAGGCAAGUGCAUGGUUCUCCCUCCCCCUGUAUUAUCUGCCCAACAACCCUGUGGGGUAGGUUAGGCUGAGAGCUGUUGUCUAGCCCAAAGUCACACUGAGAGCUUAAUGGCCAAGUGGAGAUUUCAACCCUGGUCUCCCAGGUCCUAGUCCAACUCUCUAACCACUGCACCACACUGCCUCAUAGGUGAUCUGCUGCUCCAGCACCCCUGACGUGUGCCCCUCCAAUUUCUUCCUGAAAACUUCUAAUAACGGGGAGUUCACCACUUUCCAAGGCAGCCUGUUUCAAUGCCUAGCAUCUCAAAGCAUCAGGAAGUUUUCCUCUGAGCAGACAACACAUUCAGUUGCAUCCAACUACGUGCUACUCAGAGCUGACUCUUUGAAAUUAAUGAGCCUAUGUCCAUUCUUUUGCAAUGGAUCUACUUGGACUAACGUUGGAUGCAACCCGUUGAAAUUAAUAAACCUAAAUUAGUUAUGUCCCUUAAUUCCAAUGGAUCUGUUCUGAGGACGACUGAUGUUGCAUACAGCCUACCAUUGCCUCUUUGAGGCUCAAAGGAGGGAAGCACAGUUUGGAGGAGACAGGGCAAGGCAUGGAAAAAAAGAGACCCACUUGGUUUCUCCUUAAGGAACAAAGCCCUUUUGAAGUGUAGGGGGUGGGGGUGGGGAGUCGGUGGGGCACAUAUCCAACCCCCUCCCCUCGCCAUGGCACUCUCACUGGCCUCCUUUUUCCAGCUCCCCAUCCCUCCUGCCCAUUGGGAGGGGGAGAGACACUGUGUAACACUUAAUGUCUGUUGAAUUGACCCCUGACCCAGCGUCGCUGCCCGGGCCUGGACUCCGGCUUUUGUUUUCCGUGGCGGUUCCCACAAAAGCAAGCGGUUCCUUCCCAGCGUCAUGGUCCCAGCUGGGCAGGGAGAGAGAGAGGGGAAGGGGGCAUCAGCAAGGGUGGUCUUCUCAGGACUCCCCAAGAGAGCGGGAAGUAGGCUCUCAAGCCCGUCCUGGCCCAAGACAUUUUGCUGCCUGAGGCAAAGGACGUGAAGGGCCACAUGCGGAAGCUGACUGGACCGGUUGCUGGAUCAGCCUAAUCAUAGUCCAGCAUCCUGUCUUCGGAGAGGCCAACCAGAUGACUAUAGGAAGCCCCACAAGCAGGACCUGGGUGCAAGAGCCCUCUUCCCACUUGCGAUUCCUACCAAUUGUGGUAUUCAGGGGCCUACAGACUUCCAACAGUGGAGGGAGAACAUAGCCACUGUGGCUUGUAGUCAUUGUCAGCCCAGCAGCUUUUACUUUUGUGAAUUUGUCUAAUCCUAUAAGAAAAUAAGGGGAUACGGGUGGCGCUGUGGGUUAAACCACAGAGCCUAGGACUUACCGAUCAGAAGGUCGGCAGUUCGAAUCCCCGCAAUGGGGUGAGCUCCAGUUGCUUGGUCCCUGCUCCUGCCAACCUAGCAGUUCGAAAGCACGUCAAAGUGCAAGUAGAUAAAUAGGUACCGCUCUGGUGGGAAGGUAAACGGCAUUUCCGUGCGCUGCUCUGGUUCACCAGAAGCGGCUUAGUCAUGCUGGCCACAUGACCUGGAAGCUGUCUGCAGACAAACGCUGGCUCCCUCUGCCAAUAAAGCAAGAUGAGCGCCGCAACCCCAGAGUUGGCCACGAAUGGACCUAAUGGUCAGGGGUCCCUUUACCUGCACUUGUGAUUCCCAGCAACUGGUAUUCCCACUGCACUCCCUCCCUGGAAGCUGUAACUGGGGGGGUGGGGUGGAUUUCCUCAGGAAAACAGCAUGGAUGAAGGAGGUUAGCGUCACCGCUGGCUACUCCCCAUGGCUGCUUUUGACUUGUGUCUGCGAGUGGUGGUUAAAAUCACAUUUAAAGUAAGUUAGAAGCAGGGAACGGAUUCAGACCGUUGGUGCAUCUAACUCAGUGUCUCCUGCUCUGACUGGCAGCAGCUCUGUGGGAUUUCUCGCAGCUUUUCCCAGCCUUACCUGGCAGACAACAAGGAACCUACGCAUGCAGGGAAAUGCUCUACCAUUGAGCUAUGGUUCUUCUCCUAAAAUAAAGUAGGGUUCCAGUCCUCAUGGUUGUAAAUAAAGGACUGCUUUAGGUAGGAACGUAAGGCAGAAUGUACUGGUUGCAGCCAAUGGGUAUGCUGCCUCAUCUGCUUUAUUUGUAUUUGGUGGGCCCUUAUUCUGGAUUUUCAUAAAGCACGCUAUUCCUUUACCGGUUCUUGGGACUUCCAAAUGCAAGUUGGACCUUUAACAAAACCUUGCAGCGUGAAGUGUCCUGUUCAGAGUUCAAGGCAGAGAGCCAUUCCCUUUUCCAGGACACUCCAUUCCCCCUCCAUAGUCAUUCAGCAUUCUGCACCUGCUGAGCAUGCCCAAUCCUCCAGUGUAUUGGUUCCAUUUCAGGGGAAGAAAAUUUGCUGGGCUGGGUUGAGGUCUUAGAAUCAUAUAAUCAUAUAAUCAUAGGGUUAGAAAGUACCCCCAGUCUCACCCCCUGCACUGCAGUGCAGGAAUCACAGCUUCCUGUGACGGUGUUGUUGCUUCCAUAACCCCCUGCAUAUGCUUCUGUGGUUUCUUGUCUGCAAUGCAGGUCGUGUGCGGAUCCAAGAGGGCGCCUCUCUCUGGAUUGAGCAGCUGCGUGCCGAGGACCAGGGCUGGUACGAGUGCCGGGUGCUCUUUCUCGACCGACCCAACAGUGACGACGAGUUCCAAAACGGCACCUGGAUCCACCUCACUGUCAAUUGUAUGCUCUGGGUGUUUAUUUUUUUAAUUUACUUUUGUAAAAUUAUUAUUUGCUUAAUCAUUUUUUUUGAUACAAACAUCAACCACAAAAGACAUAUACAACAAAAACCAUAACAACAAUAACAACACAAUUUGACAAUUCAGAUUGGAAUACACUGAUAUACCUACGACUACACCUUUUUUAACAAUAUUUUCCCACCUCUCUCUCCUCCCACUACUUCCCACCACUAUCCGCCUUAUCGCUUAAAUAUUUGCUCCAGAUUUCUUCAUAAUUAUCCAUUCUUAUUUUGCGUCGACAUGCAAUUCGUUCUUAUGUAGCUAAUCUGUCCAUAUUAUCAAUCCAUGUGCUCAAUGGAAUCUUUUUGCGGCUCUUCCAAUUCAUCAAAACAAGGGGUUUUUUGCUUCUAAUAUAGUACAUCCAUUUUUUUUGACCCCUUGAAAUUUCCCACGUUUCCGGAAUAUAAUUUAGAAUUAAAUUCAUUUCCCCUAAAAAACAAUUUCUUUUUAUUACUCUCGCUAUAAAUAUCCUCACCUCGCACCAAAAUUAUCUUCUCAUCGGGCAGUUAAUCAACAUAUGUAUUAAGUUCGUAUUUUUGCUCCCACAUCUCCAGCUUUUUUAAUUUACUUCAGGGUUGCUCAAUGCCGUUCCUUCUACAUGUUUGGGACUACAACUCCCAUCAGCCCCAACCUGCCUGGCCAAUGGCCAUAGAAUCAAGGAAUCAAAGAACAGACUUGGAAGGGACCCAAAGGGUCAUCUAAUCCAACCCCCUCCCAGCAAUGGUGGGUGUUGGAUUCAACAAGAUCUGAAGGGCUCCACAUUAGAUUGAUUGAUUGUUUUCAAUUUCUAUCUUGUCUCUUUCCAUAGAGCAAAAACUUAUUUUUUAAGGAUUCAGGAAGCUAGGAUAAAAGAGGCUUAUACAGUUAUUAACGGUGCAUGAUGGAGGAAAAGAACGAUAUUUCCCCCCUUGCUUAUAACAACAAUUGAGAUGACAUAGGGAUGGGCAACUUUGGCAAUUUUGGUUUCUCUUUGUUUAUGAUUUUUCCAACCUUAAACUCAGGACUCCAUAUUUCCACAUCGGUGUACAAUUUAUUUUAUUUAUUUUUUUGAAAAAGUCUUCAUGAAAAUUAAUCAGUGUCUAGUGUGGAUUUCUCCUAAUGUGCACACCUUUGCAGAGCAAUUUCCCAUACUAUGAAGCAUUUUUGUAUAUUGUUGUCACUAAUAUACACAUUUUUAUGCAUGCUUUACCUCAGAAUGUGCUUUUUUCCACACAUUUCUUGGCUGGAGAACUGCUUUGCAAGCUCAGGAAACUGCCAAUUUCAAAGGAUGUUUGAAUUUUGUUUGGAAAUGCACUGAAGUGGAAUGGGGAAGCCUGUGGCACAACAGAUAUGGCUGGAUUCUCAUCUGCCCCAGCCAGUGUGGAUUAUGGAAAUUGGGUACCCCUUGGUGCAGGAGCCUGUCCACUUGUAUUUUUUAAAGCAGUAUGCACAAUGAUAUAAGGAGGGUUGCACACCGUGCAUUUAAAGCACUCUAAUGCCGGUUUAACAGUCAGGGCUUCCUCCAAAGAAUCCUGGGAACUGUAGUUUGUUAAGGGUGCUGAGAGCUGUUAGGAGACCCUUCCCAUCAGCCUUAACAGACUGCAGUUCCCAGGAUGCAUGGUGUGGAUGUGACCUAAAUGUCCUCGUUUGGGCCCAUCCCCUAUCCUUCGCAUCCUGGUUGUCUCAGCAUCAGAUCCCCUUUUGUCUCCCAUCUGCUUAGCUCUUCUUCCAGACCCUCAUCCCAGUCUGUAAUCCUGCCCUCUCCCAGCUUCUGUCUCCCCAGCUACUCAUCCCUGCUCUGCUGCCUAAUCAAUUGCUAUUAUCCUUGAACAGAUGACCAGCCCCUACUUGCAGCUGAGACAUUAAAAAGGGAGGGGGUGGGCAUUUGUUAAGGGGAUAAGACCUGGGGUACCAGGGGAGGAUAGGCAUGGGGGAGGAAUUUGAUUCAUCUGACAUUUAAAGGCAAACCUAUAUAAUUUGCACUUCCAGAACCAAUAUGCAAACAGAAAUGCAUUUUGGAAUGUGCAAUUUUCCAAGGUGGUUUGCCAGCCAAGUAACGUGUACAAAAGUGCAUAAAUAUGCAUAUAAUUGUGAAAAUAAAAUUCAAACAUAUAUUACAUUCAGGGAAAUUGCUUGCAAGAAUGUGUAUGUUAGGCAAAAUUCCACACAAAAGUGCAUAUAUUGGGAGAGUUUUGCACGAAAAUGCUGAUUAAUUUUCACAAAGAUUUAUAAAACAUCCCUUUUCUCCCAGGCCUUUAGCCAAUUAAACAAUUUAUCGCAUUUUAAAUUGUUGGGGCUGGUAGAGGUAUUGUUUUGUUUGUCAUUACGUUACAUAUUUUUGUGUUUUUAUACUAUAAACUGCCCUGUAAUCCUUGGCUGGAGGGCAUCCUUAGAAUCGUAGAGUUGGAAGGGAGAUCACAAGAGUCAUUUAGUCCAGGCCCCUGCAGUGCGGGAUUCUUUUGCACUAUGUGGGGCUCGAACCCACAACUCUGAAAUUAAGAGCCUCAUGCUAUACCAGCUGAGCUAUCCCCAAUUCACACUUACCCAAAUUCUAAAAUGCAGGUUUCCAACCAAGCAAUGUGCACCAAAAUGCAAUAUUAGGUGAGAUUUCUUUGCAAAAAAAAUCUGUAUGUUAGGCAAAAUUGUGUAAAAAAGAAAAGUGUAUAUUAGGAGAAAAUCACACUAGAAUGCUGAUAAAAUGUCUCUUUAAAAAAAUCUCAAACUGUUGUGGAAAUGUGGAGAACUGAAAUUAUGACUGGAAAAAUAAGAAACAGAGAGAAACCAGAAUUGACUUGUUUUGCCCAUCCCUAAGUGAGGAUAUAUAUUUCUUUUUAAAAUGUGCUAACAAGUGUUUUUUUUAUACCAAAAUCUGCACCUUUUAAACAUAUUUUGACAUUUGAUCUUUCAUCCAGAGAGGUCAAAGUGUUGUACAUGGUUCUUUCAUUUAAUCGGCACAACAGUAGGUUGCUGUUGUACUCGGGUGCUGCUUGUGGGGAUCCGAUAGGCCAGAGGUUUUCAACCUUUUUGGGUCCACGGCUCCCUUGACCAACUACAUUCCUUCUGCAUUACCCCUGUGCGGCUCAGGAGCCCAGUUAUGUCACACCCCUUGCCUGCAGAGCCAACAGCCUCUCACCCCAUUUCAAACACCCUCCCUUAUGAAGUGUUCCCUCAGCCUCCUCUCCUCCCCUCUCCUUGGGAGUCUUCUGGGCUGCCGCCCCUGGUCUCUGAGCUGCCCCCCCCACCCCAAAGAGAGGUGCCUCCUCCCAUUGUCUCACAGAGGCCUGAGAAGCACCCCCUGGCCAACCCCAAAGGUACCAUUCACCAGGGGAACUUGUAGCCAGGACUGUUGCAACAAACAGCUGUGCAAGCCUAUGGGAGGCAGAGAUGCAAGAGGGCAUCAGGGGAAGGGAGGGAAGGAAAGAGGGACGGGGGCCAGUGUUGCCCUGACCAUCAUUCAGGGCAUCCCAGGGUGCCACAGGACACUGGUUGAAAACCACUGCCAUCGGCAUUUGGUCAGCUACAGUGAGAACAGGAUGCUGGACUAGAUAGGCCUUCAGCCUGAUCUAGCCAGGGCUCAUCUGAUGAUCUUAGAAUAACAUUUCUGAUUAUUCGGGUGCUGUUCUCAUAAGGUCUGUCUUGCAGUUCCCCCCACCUUCCAGGAGACCCCGCCAGCUUUCAUAGAAGUGCAAGACCAAAAGUCUCUCACGCUGACCUGCUCUGCAGCGGGAAACCCCCAGCCAGUCGUCACUUGGAAGAGAGACAACCAAGCCAUAGAAAGUGGAGACAAGGUUCAGGUAAGGCGUGUGCAUGUAGCCCAGGAACCAAGGGUCUAGACCAGGCAUCCCCAACCUUCGGCUCUCCAGAUGUUUUGGACUACAAUUCCCAUCAUCCCUGACCACUGGUCCCAUUAGCUAGGGAUCAUGGGAGUUGCAGGCCAAAACAUCUGGAGGGCCACAGGUUGGGGAUGCCAGUCUAGACUACAAUUCCCACAACCCCCAGCCUGGUUGAACCAUUGGUUAGCGAUGAUGUAAGUUGUAAGCCAACAACUGAAGACCCGAAGUUGAAGAACUCUGGUCAAGAAAAGGAGUGGGGAGCCUGUGGUCCCCCCAAAAGUUGUUGGCCUGCAAGAGUCCCAGCUGGCAUGGCCCAGUGGUCAGGGAGAAUGAGAGUGACCAUCAAACAACAUCUGGAGGACCAUAAGUCUCCAACCCCUAGUCUAGAAAUGUGUGUAGACACAAUCAUCUUACAAGCUGGGAACCUGGCCUUUGAACUGGAAAUAGUGUGAUUGUUUUAUUUUUAAAGGGGGCGUGAGUAUGUUUCUAGACCUCAUGGUAAUCAAGCAUAUUCUGGAAGUGCCCCAUUCUUGACUCCUGUUUUAAAUGACUUUCAAUUCUCUCUUUCCUCCCCUGUUUGCCUGGAACAUACUUUCAGAUGCCCUGCAUAGUGCCUUCUCCCUUCCUUCAUCCUGGCUCUUCAGGUGUUGUUGGGCUUCCACUCCCAUCAUCCUAAGCCAUUUUAGCCAAUACUCUGCUUUAAAACCCUCCUCAAAAUGUGCAGAUUACAAAUCUCAAAUGAGAAUAUGCUGUUUUCAUUUUCGUUUUAUAGUUGUUUAAUAGUGUAUUCAUUCUCAGUUAGCCUCCCUGGAAAUGCCAUUGACAUUGAAGGGCAGGAUGUAACAUGUCAGCAAUAAAUGAAUGUGUUCACAUUUAUUGGAUUUGGUGAGAUUUCCCCCUGCUCCAUACGCACAAAAUUAAAAAGGUGUUUAAAUAAAUGCAUUUUCAGAAUACCUCCAGUGUUUUCUAGUCUUACAGACAGCUGAAAAUGGUGGCAGAUUCCCUCCCCUACAUGAGCAGUUUGUAUGGUUCACAACUUAGGGUUUUAACAAAUCCAGGUAUUUAAGAGAACAUUAUUGUCAGGAGCCAGAGUCAGGAGUAGGUCAACAAUUAAAAACAACAACACUGGUGUCAGUGAUGUUAACACUUUAUUCCAGAAACUUUAUUCCUCUUCCCAGCAGUGCUUGCACCAAUGAGGGAGUUUCAGGGACUGAAAGCCCCCACCUUCCCACUGCUCUCCAAGGACCCGCCCUCUUCCUUUUUCUGUGCAUUCUGGAAGACCAGGAAGAAGGGGAGCUGGCUGCAGGAGGGGGAGAUUCCCUGGCUUCUUCAGCAGCCUGUCUCCACUCUGCUUCUUGACCUCCCCUCUGCUUCUGCCUCUGAAUCAGGACUGCCCUCUGCCGCAGCCUCUUCCUGCUCACUAAACCCUGUUGCCUCUUCAGCUUCUGACACCUUCUCCUCCCAGUCUGCUCCCUCUGACCCACUCAGCAUUGUCCCACCACCCCCUGGCUCUGAGCCUUCUUACCCUGGAGGGGUUCCCUUGGGGGUUCCCCAGCUGGUACCUCCCGCCAUUCCUCUGCAUCCAGCCAGUCUAUGACCAUUACAGUGGAUUAUGGUUUACAAGCAUAAUCAGUUCCGGAGGUCUGUUUGUAAACCAAAACAGGUUGUAAACCAAGGCACGCUUUCGUCAAUGGGGCCUCCCCAAAAAAAAUUUUCAUAACCCCCCCCCCCCCCAAGGAUUGUAAUGCAAAAAAAGUUUGCAAAUUGGGACACACACUUCCGGGUUUGAUGUGUUUGUAAUCCAAAGCGUAUUGUUUGCAAACCAAGGUACCACUGUACUAGUAUUCGUGUUACUGCCAUCCGUAAAGCAUCCUCCUCUGUGAGUCCCAUGUGUCUCCUGAAACCCAGCAUCUCCCUUACGUCAGGGGUGCCUAGUAAAGCUUUCAGAGCAGGUGUGAAGAACCUUUGAACUGCAACUCCCAUCAUCCCUGGGUCUUGGCCAUCAGCCUGCUGGGACUGAUGGGAACUGUAGGUCAGCAACACCUGGAGGGCGCAAGCUUCCUUGUGCUAAAAAUUUUUUUUCAUCAUAGGGCACCUUUGCUAUUACACUUCUUUGCUUACUUAGUUUAUGGUCCACCACUGGUGUAAUUAACACCCAAGUUUAUUCCCCUGCCUUUGUUUGUUUCUUCUCAUUGAGGAAGUGCAGGCCAGUUAAACCUGUUAGCCAACCCCCUUUAAUCUGUCCCCUCCUGAAAAUGUUUGAGCUACCCCACCCCAGCUUUCACCGCCUCGGAAUGGGAAGCUGUUUUGUGUGAUUUGUUUAGGGGCAACUAGUGAGCCUUUGCAGCUGGUUGAGGACUUCCCUGUCUAAGUUUACUCUCCAGUGCUGUUUAUUCUGAAGAGGAGUUUCAUGCCUUCCCCACCCAGAGAAAUAAAAAACCAAUAAUUAGUUUCAGAAACCCUAAGGGAUGGAUUUCCUAGUGGGCGCAUAGGCACUGAAUUAAUUGUCAAGCUCAUUUUAGGACCGUUCUCUAACAAAUAUACCUAAGGUCUGGCUGACCCCUGCUGGCCACUCAAAGGAAACAAGCAUUUGACUUGCUCUCUUCAAGAAAGCCUUGCAGUGUGGUAUGCUACUGUUUGGAGUGCUAGCAAGCCCUGACCUUUUCCAAUAUAUCCCAGUUGUUUUUUGGGGGGUGGGAAAUCCCACUUAGACUGAUCCAUGCCCCCCACUGACAUGCAGCCCUGGAGGAUAUUAGCCAAAUGGGAGUUGGACCCUCAUGCAAAAAAGAAGAAGUUUUGCACCCCUGUAUAAAACCCGUAUUUCAGGUGAGAAUGCUGAGACCAAGAGGACAGUGUUUUUUCCUAGAGUCACACUGUGAACUCAGGUGAGAUCUGAACAAGCUCACAUACUUAGUCCUUGCUGUUCUCAAGUUAACAAGAGGGAUGGGGAGAAAUUUGAUUUUGUUCUCAUUUAAAGACAUACCUGCUUAAGUCACACUUUCUGAAGCACAGCCAUCCUUUGAAUUUUGCCCUUCUCAACUUUUGCAAUCCAGUUCUCCAGCUAAGUAUUGUGUAAAAAAACAAUGCAUAUACUUGAGUAAAGUAUGUGUGGAAAUUCAUAUAUCCGUGAAGAUAACAUACAAAACUGCAUUAUAUUGAGGAAAUAUAAAUGUUAGGGAAAAUAAGCUUUGCAAAAGGUGUAUAUUAGGUAAAAUUGCAUAUAUGAAUGCGUAUGCCAAAGACACCGCUCUUUAUCUUGGCCUAUGAGACCUAUGGUAUAUAUUUUCAGGGCAUACCCUAUUUCUGUGAGUGCAGUUUGAUUUAAACUGUUUUCAGUAUUGAAGUUUAAAUUGAUGUGACCUGCUGUGGGUAUGAAGUCAAAUUAGUAAUGAUGGUGAUAUAUUUAGAGAAAUUCAUGCUGAAACGGUGAUGAAUUUUUAUGAGGACUUUUUUUAAAAAUCAUGAACUAUACUGGAAAUCUAGAGAACUGAAGACUGGAAAACAGAGAGAAGACAUUUGCCCAUCCCUAGUUGAGGGAAUUGACAGAAACUCAUUGAGGAAUUGAUUUUCCAGGUCUUCUUGACCACCUCGUUGGCCGUACAAUUUCUUGGUGAGGAGAUGCUGGAGGGGUUUUUUCUUGCUUGCUCCAAGCCUUUCCUAAAUGAUGUGCUUCCCACCAGGUGAAGAAUGGGAGCCUUGUCUUUGCUGGUGUGGAGCGGGCCAGCGCUGGGGCCUACACCUGCCACGCCACCAGCGAAGAGGGUGCCAUCACCCACACAACCCGCCUGUUGGUGCAAGGUAAACAGGAGAAGGGGCAGCAUCUUUCCCAAACUGGGUUAAGCAGCAUUUUAACACAGGAUGCUGCUGUACAAGCUUAUCUGUCCAUAGAGCCCAUGGGGGGUGGGGAGGGGAAACUCAGUCCUGGGAGCCAAAUGCGGCCCUCCAGAGACUCUUCCCAAGCUCCUCCCAUUCCCAGGCCACACCCCUGGCUGGUCCUCCUCUGCAGCCUCCUCCAGUGAUCUUUACCUGGCUGGAGGGUAGUAUGCAUGCUACUUGCUUGCCAGGAUGGAGAUGGGAUGUAUGCCUGGCCCUGGAAGGUUACUCAUAAGUGAAUGUGGCCCUUCGGUUGAAAAAUGGUUCCCCACCCCUGACCUAGCCCAAAAUUGUCCUGCUCUCGCUGGCAGCAACUCCCUAGCGUGUCAUGCAGAAAAAGAAUCUUUCCCAUCACCUUCAACUGUACCCUUUAAAUUGGAGAUGCCAGGGAUGAAACCUGGAACCUUCUCUGCAUGUCACAGUCCUGCGCUCUGCCACUGAGCUGGGCUCUCCCUCCCUGGAGCACAGGAAGUUUGUGCCUUGCCAAAAUUUGCCGAGCUAGCCCAGGACUGCUGCUAUCAGGCACAACCCUGCUAUCUGAUCCUUCAUUUAACUGGAGAUGCCAGGGAUUAAAGCAGAAACUUUGUGUGUGCUAAGCAUGUGCUUUACCACCGAGCUACGAUCACUCCCCCAGUUUACCAUCCAGACUUUCUGGCGGAUACAAGUGCAUAGCUAUGGGAGUCAAGCAUGUCUCUGAUUUCCAAAGGGAAUCUUGGCAUAAGUUUGGAGUCAAUAGUUCCACAUUUUAUCACUGGCAGGGUUUGGGGGAGAGGAAUGCCUUUCUGUCCUUAGAUUUGGGGAACCUCACACUCAGGGAGAGGGGCUCAAUGUAGCUCCCUUGUCUUCUCUUUCUGGCCCUUGGCACUUUUCCCCAGCCACAUUCCCUCACCAGUCUUGGAUGUUUUUGAAUGCUUGGGAUGUGUCUUUGAACCUCUGGUGUGUGUUUUUUGUGUGUGUGUUUGGUGUAGAAACUAGCCUACUGUACAAAGGCAAAAUGUACCGUAUUUUUCACUCUAUAAGACGCACCAGACCACAAGACGCACCUAGUUUUUGGAGGAGGAAAACAAGAAAAAAAAUAUUCUGAAUCCAAGAAGCCAGAACAGCAAGAGGGAUCACUACGCAAUGAUCCCUCUUGCUGUUCUGGCUUCUGGGAUAGCUGUGCAGGUUGCACUCGCUCCAUAAGACGCACACACAUUUCCCCUUACUUUUUAGGAGGGAAAAAGUGAGUCUUAUAGAGCAAAAAAUACGGUAAAUUUGAUUACGUCUCCGUGCUUACCUCUGGCGGUAUCCACAACUGGCAUGUGUCUCCCGCCGCCGCCACCCCCCAGCAAGGUUUUGCAGAAGGAAAUGGAAAAGGUUCCUUGCCCCUGCCUUAGCCACUCAUUUCGGGCACUUUCUUCCUCUCAGGGCCUCCGGUAAUUGUGGUGCCCCCACAGAACGUCACUGUCAACAUCACCCAAGAUGCCUUCUUGGCCUGCCAAGCCGAGGCCUACCCUGCCAACCUCACGUAUAGCUGGUUCCAGGGGGACACAAAUGUUUUUCACCUCAGGUAGGAAACUCCAGGUGUGAGUGUUUUGUGUGAGCGGGAAGCAGAAUGGCUCACUGGGCUCUUCCGCAAAUGAUGGUCUAUUCUUUCCUUUAUUUAUGUAAUAUUUCCCUCCCAAAGGGUGCUCCAGGCAGCAAAGUGAAAGGGAGUACAGCAUAGGGCUUAAAUUAAAGCUUGUCCUCUUUGGGAGCAUAUAGAGAUGAAUGCCAUCCCGGGAGACAGAGUGGUCUUGUGUUGCAAGUUAUGUUUGUUAUAUGAUGGAUAAAAUGCUGGUUUUGUUUGGAAAUCCCUAAUUAUUUGUUUGACAGUUGGCAGUAUGCCUAGUUAUUUCACAAGAAUGUUUCAUCACUUACUUCAGAGAACUGGUACAAAAAAAAGCAUUAUUGAUGGCAAUUUGUGAGAAACUCACUCAUCAUUUAUGCACCUAAAAAGAACAAGCAGAACCCAGAAGACUAGGCAGCAUAAUGGUGGAAAGUUUCGUUACAUGUGAAUCGACAUUUUCAGACUCAUUUAUAUUCUCUCAAUGUAAAUUAUUUUGGAGAAAUAUGUAAUAAUUGCUGCAGUUACAUUUGUUUGUACACUUGAUUAGACUUGGUCUUCUUCUUUGAACUCAGAUAGUGUGUAUUUGACUCCAUUCUCUCUCAUUCAUAGAUAUAGAUAUAGAUAUAUCCUUAACUAUAUAUAAGAUACAUAGAACUCCCAGUUGCCCAUGUUAGCCAGGCAAGUGCUUAAAUACAUACAAUUCUGUUGCACUUUUUUCGUUCCUGCUCUCUUUAAGUUCUCUUUCCUUCCUCCUCCUUCAGCCAUCUCCAGUCCCGGAUUCGUGUCUUGGUGGACGGGAGCCUCUUGGUACAGAAAACUGUCCCAGAGGAUUCGGGGCAAUAUACCUGUGUUCCUAGCAAUGGGCUAAGGAGACCACCUUCUGCCUCAGCGUUUCUCACAGUUCUGUGUAAGCAUGGCAUCUUCCCAUCAUUCUAGACCUCCAACUGGUAGACACAGUCUAAGGGUGGCGGAAAAAGCAGACAGUACGAAGACAGGCACCUUCAGUGUUCAGCCUGCUGGGUGGGGCUCAGACAGGGAUGGAGCAGAAAUGCAAUUCUGAUGGCAUUUAAAGGCAAACCUACUGACCUUGCACUUUCUGAAACAAUAUGUGGAUUGAAAUGCAGCCAUCCUUCAAAAUCUGCACUCCCUCAAAUUUUACGGCGCGGUUCUCCAGCCAAGUAAUGCAUACAGAAAUGCAUGUUAAGUGUGCAUAAAUGCAUACAUUAGCGAAAUCAACAUACAAGCAUGCAUUAUAUUUGGGGAAAUUGCUUUGGUGAAAGUGUGUGUGAAAGGCAAAAGUGCAUAUGUUAGGGGGGAAAUGUGCACUAAAAUUCUGACGAUUUAAAAAAUAAUAAUCAUGCUCUGAUAUGGAAAUGUGGAGAACCGAUCACAAGAUCGGAAAAAUGAGAAACCGAAAGAAACCAGAAUUGUCAGCUCUGCCUGCCCCUCGGCUUGGAUCAGACUCCAUAGAAAGAAUAAUCUUGCAGCAUUAUCCACAUCCUGUUGUUUUGCAGGGCUGCUGGUGCAAGGUGCAGGUUGCUGUACUAGUGGGACAUCCCAGCAGUUGAUUGGAGAGGCAACCCAGCCCUGGCUGUGCCCCAUCUCUCCUCUAACUUUCUCCCACUAGCCAUCCCACCGUCUGAAGCCGUGUCCUCCCUGCCUUUUGCAGAUCCAGCACAAGUCAUCGACAUGCCCCCUGAGACUCUCCUGCCAAUAGGGAUGCAAGGCACCAUCAGGUGCCCCAACAAGGCCAAUCCUCCACUGCUCUUCAUCAACUGGACCAAAGACGGGCAGCCCCUGGAGUUAGGCAAGGUGCUUGGCAGAAGCGUCCACCACACCUUUUUGGGCUCAUAGGCCUUUGGGGAUAACUCUCUUCUGAACAGAACUCUCUCCCUCUCCUAGCUCCCAGGUUGGUCCACAACUCCCGAUGGUGCCAUUGUCAUCGCCACAAGCAACGACAAUGCCGUGGGUGUUUACACCUGCACCCCAUACAACAGUUACGGCAGUGCUGGCUCCUCGGCACCUACGCGCGUUCUCCUGAAGGCGAGUAGCAGAGACGGCCGUGUGUGUGUGUGUGUUAGAGCAUAAGAAGAGAUUUGACUGCUGGGUCAUCAAGUCAAGCGUCCUGUGUUCACUGUGGCCGACCCUUGCCUGUUUCGGAUGCCAAAUAUGUGUUGUGUUUUACGGCCUAGGACCCUCCCGUGUUCAGCCUGCACCCCAAGGAGGAGUAUUUUCAGGAGGUGGGGCGGGAACUGCUCAUCCCCUGCGCUGCCAGAGGUGACCCCCUGCCCAUCAUCUCUUGGACAAAGGUGAGGCGGCUCUCUGCAUAAACUAGGUAGAUCCUAGUUAGGCUGUCCAGCAGGUGGUGGCUGCUGCCCAUUGGGACCGGCCAGGUGGGAGGCCAACAGGAGGCAGAGCCAGAGCCAGUGAGAGGCAGAGACAACUUUAUUCUAGUUUUCUCCCCAUCCUCCUCCCCCUCCUCCUCUCUGCUGAGGUAACACUGAGACUGAAGGAGCCGACAGGCAGGCUGAGAGGCUUCCCUGUUAAGUCUGGCUGGUUUACUCAGAGCUCCACCUUUUAGCUAGGCUCAAAUUCCUUCUCAGUUUAUACCAGGGGUAGGCAACCUAAGGCCUGGGGGCCGGGUGCAGCCCAAUCGCCUUCUCAAUCCGGCCCGUGGGCGGUCCAGGAAUCAGAGUGUUUUUACAUGAGUUAGAAUGUGUCUUUUUGUUUAAAAUGCAUCUCUGGGUUAUUUGUGGGGCAUAGGAAUUUGUUCAUUUCUUCCCCCCCUCCCCCAAAAAUAGUUUGGCCCACCACAUGGUCUGGGGAAUGGUGGAUCGGCCCCCUGCUGAAAAAGGUUGCUGACCCCUGGUUUAUACAGUGGUGCCUCGCAAGACGAAAUUAAUCCGUUCCGCGAGUCUCUUCAUCUUGCGGUUUUUUCGUCUUGCGAAACACGGCUAUUAGCGGCUAUUAACGGCUUAGCGGUUUUAAGAAAAAGGAAACAAACUCGCAAGAACUCGCAAGACGUUUCGUCUUGCGAAGCAAACCCAUAGGGAAAUUCGUCUUGCGGAACGACUCAAAAAACGCAAAACCCUUUCGUCUAGCGAGUUUUUCGUCUUGCGAGGCAUUCGUCUUGCGGGGCACCACUGUACCUACUAGUAUGUAGAAUCAUAGAGUUGUAAGGGGACCCAAAGGAUCUUCUAGUCCAAUCCCUUGCAAUAUAUUUGAGAACUUGAAGGAAAUUUAAAAGUAACUGGCAACAUUUCAAUUUAAACUGGCUUCAGCCAUAGUAUAGUUAGCAGAGCCCCGAUUUCCCCUGGGGUCUUGAAGAGCUUACUAACAUCUCUCUGGUAUCCCCCCCCCCCCACAGAUGGGCAGCAAGGGCUUAGCCAAUGCCCAGGUAGACAAGAACAACAGCUUGGUCCUGCGCCCACUGACCAAGGAGCAGCAUGGCUUAUGGGAAUGCGCCGCCAACAACGGUGUGGCCCGCAUCAGCACUGCAACCACUGUCUACGUAUUGGGUGAGUACUUCAUUCAGAGCACAACAGAAUUAAGCAAACUGUACAGAAAUGCAUUGAAGAACUAUUUUGAGCGAAAAGGGAUGUGUGCUGCAACUUUCAUGGGAGGGCAGUGUGUAUGCACAUAUUGGCCUGGUUUGCCUGCUGGCACUAAGGUUUGUAUGGCUUAACCAUGGUUUCUUUGACCAGCAGCUUAACCGUGGUUUGUUCCAACAAACAAUGGUCACAACCCAUAGUUUGUUUUUGCCUUACAAACCUUGGCUUGUUCUAACUAUGGUUUGCUCGGCAAGCAUCUGGAGCAGGGUGGGAAAACUGCCAUAACUCUGUGGUAGAUCACAAGCCAGUCCUCAGUUAAAUUUGUGGUAGAUUGGGUAGCGGGCAAUGAGUAAAGAUGUCUGCUCAAGACCUUUGAGAGCUUCUGCCACUCGGAGCAGCUAGUACUCGGCAAGAUGUAGUGUAAUCGGCAGCUUCCUUUACUGGAGGGACUAUAACUUAGUAGUAGAGCAUGUAGAAGAGUCCAGAUUCAAUCCUGGACAUCUCCAGUUAAAAAGGGAUUGGGUCAGAAGUGAUAGGAAAAACCCUUCCCCACCUGCUAGAACAGACACUACCAGGCUUGAUGGAUGGAGUACCAUAAGGAAGCUUUCCGUGUACUUGGUUUAAUCCUCAAAAACAAAUGUUGGAGGGGCUGGGGGGGGCACUAGUUGAUAAAACUGCUGCUGCUGCUGCUGCUGCGGAGUUUACCACCCACAAAACCCCGUUGAGCCUCAUCCUAAUCCUGUCAAGCUAAUUCAGUUCUGCUUUUCAUUCCCUCUCGUGAACUCUAGGCACCAGCCCCCACACAGUGGCCAACGUCUCAGUGCUGCCUCUCCAACAGGCUGUCAACAUCACCUGGGAGCCAGGCUUUGACGGGGGCUACUUCCAGAGGUUCAGCAUCUGGUAUACGCCGCUGUGAGUCCUUGGUUAGGAUUUUGGAAUGGAGGCUGUGGGCGCUAGGCCCCAAAUGGCUGCUGUGCCCAAAAGUGCUGGGGGGGGGGAGAGAGGAUGGGGGCAAGGAUGCCCCCUCUCCAUCAGCUGCUUUCUCAGUGGGGGGAAAGGCACCUAUAUCAAUCACACUUCCUCACAAAUAUAUGCUCUUUCCACCUCCCCUCUGUUCAGAGCCGAAAGGAGGGCAUCUUGUCCUGGCACCCAAAGAAAUGUGAGCAAGUUUAGUUUGUUUGUGUUCGGCGUAGGAGAGGCUAAGCCAGUGCAGGAACAGGAACAGCAAACUGCCUCUCAUAUACUAUGUAGUUUUUCAGGGAAUUUUUACUGAAACCUUCCAUGGUUACCAUAGGAGGUCAUUCCAGGCACACUGACAGUAUUGGGCAGUGAUCCCUGUUUGAAUGUCUUUUGCGUACCAAAGACUUUUAAACAAAAACAAGCCUUUUAAGUUACAUUUAUGAUGUGGAAUUAAUAUAGUUGUUAUAGCUCCACGAAACAUUUAUUUACUCUCUCUUCCAACAGAUCAGUUUUGUCAAUGCCGUGAUGGUUGUCUCAAUUGCUGCUUUCCCAUUUUCUUUUAUUGCAAUGGGUUUCUAGGUUGCUUUUGCUUUUAUACAUUGCCCAGACAACUCUUGUAAUCUAUCGGGUGCCUGAUAAACUGGGUGAAUAGAUUAAUUAAAUAUAAACGUUACUGGAAUGCUUCUUCCAGGAGCUCACAAGUUCCUUCUGCUCGAAACCACAGGGGCUUUUCUGUCUCUGGUUUGGAUUCUUCUCAAUGACUGCAGCCUCUCCUCCGUUUCUGUGCCCCACACAGGUUGAAACGCUUCAAUCGCCCUCACCAUGACUGGGUUUCACUGCCUGUGCCUGUUGGGGCCUCCUACAUCCUGGUGGAGAAUCUGCAGCCAGAUACCGGCUACCAGUUCAGCGUUUUGGCCCAGAACAAGCUGGGUAGCGGUCCCUUCAGUGAGAUCGUCACCACCGUGCCACUAGGUGAGAGGCACAGGACUCUUUUCCUUCUGAUCAGCGAUUCCCUUAAAGGAACAAUGCACAGUUUCAACACCCGUUCUCUUUCUUCUCCUCCUUCUCAGGUUUCCCAACAAACACCAUGCCGCCCAACCCCUCAUCUACGACCUCACAGAUUUUUCUAUCCCCACCUCAAUCCCUGAUGGCCAACGAGACCACGCGGGGGGUCCUCCUCCUGUGGGAGCCCCCAUUCCAAUUCUCUGUGGCUCUAACAGGCUACACCCUGGAGCUGCGACAAGACCAGGGCGGCUGGGAGGUUCUCGAUGGAUCCAUUUCCAGCUCUGAGACGCAGCUCCUGGUGCCUGGGCUAAUCAAGGUGGGUUUAGAAGGGUGUCAGAGAUACAGUUUUGAAAGGUUAGUGCAUGUGUGCAGCGGGUGGCACUGUGGGUUAAACCACAGAGCCUAGGACUUGCCGAUCAGAAGGUCGGCGGUUCGAAUCCCCAUGACGGGCUGACCUCCCGUUGCUCGGUCCCAGCUCCUGUCAACCUAGCAGUUCAAAAGCACGUCAAAGUGCAAGUAGAUAAAUAGGUACCGCUCCGGCGGGAAGGUAAACGGCGUUUCCGUGCGCUGCUCUGGUUCGCCAGAAGCGGCUUAGUCAUGCUGGCCACAUGACUUGAAAGCUGUACGCCGGCUCCCUCUGCCAAUAAAGCGAGAUGAGCGCCACAACCCCAGAGUCGUCCACGACUGGACCUAAUGGUCAGGGGUCCCUUUACCUUUAAGCAAACUAAGGCUCGGGGGCCGGAUCCAGCCCAAUGGUCUUCUAAAUCCGGCCCGCAGACGGUCUGGGAAUCUGCGUGUUUUUACAUGAGUAGAAUGUGUCCUUUUGUUUAAAAUGCAUCUCUGGGCUAUUUGUGGGGCCUGCCUGGUGUUUUUACAUGAGUAGAACGUGUGCUGCUUGAAAGUGUGUCAAAAUACCAAAAGCUGGGAUCAAGUUGGGCGGGAUUUCCAUUGACUUCAGGGCACUGCAUAGCUCCCUGCCUUCCUUGGGACUGUCAAAAAGUGGAACUAGUUAAGCAAAAUGAUGCCCCUUCGGAUGCUGUUAAGUGGGAGAAGGGUUUACAAUACGACCACAGUGACCAUAAGAGGGUUUUCACAGUGUGCCCCUGCUUUCUCUCCUACCCACCCCCUGCCGCAUUGUAGGACGCCUUCUAUGAGUUCCGCCUGGUGGCCUUUGCUGGCAGCUACAUCAGUGACCCCAGCAACACGGUCAAUGUCUCCACAAUAGGUAAGGGCCAGAAAGGGGGCAGCAAAACCUGCAGCAGCCUCAGGAUUAGCUCACUUUGCUGGAGGCCACUGGAGCUGUUCAAAGCUCCUUUAAAAUGUCACUCUUAUUAAUAGAAGGGAUGAGCGAAUCUCUCGGUUUCUCAUUUUCCCAGUAUUUCCAUGUCAAUUUGCAAUUAAAAAAGAAAAGUGCUUAUGUUCUGAUGCAACAGGGCUCCUACAGUGAUUCUUCCUCCAUGUUGAGGUUUCUUCCUACCCUUGCCGUUGUGAUAGUGUGACAUUCCCCGUCUUCCCACCAGGCAUGGAGGUGUAUCCCUCCCGCACCCAGCUCCCUGAGCUCCUGCCCCAGCCAGUGUUGGCAGGAGUGAUUGGCGGGGUCUGCUUUCUCAGCACGGCUGUCAUCUUCAGCACAAUGGCGGCUUGCAUCAUGAACCAGAGGCGAGCUGCCCGUCUCCGCAAACGCAGGCAAGGUAAGGAGCUGUUGCGCAGAAAGUUUGAGCAGACAUGUUCUCCUGUCGCCCCAGAGGGCGAGACCAGACCUAAUAACAGAGAUAAGGAACUUCCAGCCCGCGAGCCAAACUUGGUCUGCCGCACCAUUUGCAGCAAGUUACAUCCGCCCAUUUUGCACCUGAUGUCUGAGGAACAAUUGGGGGCUUAAAGUGAGCUUUUGAUCAUUUCUGUGCUGGUCCCACUGAAACCACUUCUCCCACCCAGUGCUGCUCCUUGAACCUUUGAAAACCUGUUUUCUGAAGUUUUAAAGGGCAAUGUGGGGCUGAUUGCAAAAGGGCUUUUAAACAGCUCCACACUGCGCUUUGAAGUCCUGAUAAUCGGGGCUUCAAAACACAUCUGCUGUCGUAGCAAUGCUAAGUGAUUGGCAGGUUAGCUGCAUCUCUGCAGGGGUGGGGAGGUAAGGAUUGGGCCCACUGGCCAGAAAAGAUUCCCCACCCCUGAGCUAGUGGGUACAAAUUGCAGGGCACAGAUUUUAACGGGACAUUACAAUAAAACUCAGUGGUGGGCCAGGCUGCCUCAGGUGGUGACAGCAGGCCAAGCAGCCAUUUGUCAGGGAUGUUGUCAUUGCAUCCUGCUCUGUAGAUUCUGCACUGAGCUGGACAAGGUUGGUCUACACAACCUCCACUGUCCCAACUCCAUAGGCUGCAUUCAACUAAGUUCUACUCAAAGUAGACCACUGAAAUGAACAGGCCUAAGUUAGUCAUGGCCAUUAACUUCAGUGGGUCUACUCUGAGUAGGACUAGCAUUGAAUACCACCCGAUGAUUUUGUGAGGCAAACAGUCAAGACCCUGUGGUUGCAGAAAAUGGUGUCUGGUGCAGAAUCCAGCCUUCUGAGGAUCCCACCAUUGCAUUUAUAGGAUACACUUUUAAUAUGCAGAAUAAGAAAGUGUGCACAGAUUCGCACAAUCCAUUCAGGCAACAGCAUCUGGCUUAAUUUUUUUAAGAGCUGCUAUGUUUUGGCACAUUUGCGUUUGCUUCUAGCAGUUUUCAUUGUGGAUACCCUGGUUUGCUAUCUACCAGGAAUUUUCUUUUUUAAAAAAAUAUUAUUUAUUUAAAGUGUGGCAUAAAAUAAUAUCUCUUCGUUUAUUUAUUUUAAAGCCUGGAAAGCAACUCAUAGGAUAGAGGUCGCCACCCUUUUUUUUAACAUUGUGGGCACAUUUGGAUUUUUGAGUGCAUGCCCUUCCAUUCACUUCUCUCCCCCUUCCCCAGAUUGGCACACCCUUGAGAGACAGGAAAAGAGAAAGCACAUUCAUGCAGGUUGUGCUUUUCCAAAUAAAAGCGCAUAGAGCUGAAAUAGCAAGUAGGGCAGAGCGCCACUCUUCCAACUUUCUGCUGAAGCUCUCUGCAAUUUUUCCCAGAUCAGCUCCCAAAACAGAAAGAGACAAAGCAUACUUUUCAAAGUGGGGGGAACCCUAGCAUCCUCAUCACUUCAUGACCAAGGUUGUCAGUGAGCAGGAGGGGUUCAGAAGCUGUGUAGGCAGCUGGGAAAGACCUCAAGGGCACCACUGCACCCAUGAGUGCCAUGUUGGCAGCCCUUGUUACAAGACGUAGCAGCAAAAGCAGGCUAAGCAAGAUCCCAAACAGAAUCAGUUCAAGCUCCCCUUCCUGUCCCACCUGAGAGCAGUUGCUAAGGUCCUCCUUCAGCUUCUUGGAGGUGGAAUUCACCUGAUCUAGCUUUUAAACAUUUAUUUAUCAAAAUAUUUUUUUCUUCUCUCCCAACUUUUUAUGUUUGCACAUGGGACCCCCAAAGAUGUUAGCAAUCAUUAGCAAUACGGGGUUUUUUUAUAUAAAAAUACACACAACCAAUACGAAACAAAAAUACGAUGGAUUUAUUUAUUUUUAAGCUGCAAAUGGAAACAACAACAGCAAUGGUCCACCAAAAGCUUACUAUAUGCUAAGAGUCAUAUCCCAGGUCAAAAGUGCAUGAGGGGAACUUGAAGCUAACACCUGAAGGCAGAGAGGUGGCCAGAAGGACCUCCAGGGGCAAAAAGUUCCAAAGCCGGGGUGCCACCACCAAAAAGGCCCCGUCUUGUGUGCUCAGUUGCUGCAGCUUAGAGGGUGAUGAGAAAUUCUACAGGGCCACCACUGCGGACCUGUGCAUAGGUAGCUUUCCAUGGGAGGUGAUAGACUGCAUCCAAAAACCUUUUGAGGCACAGCUGAGCAAUCUCUGUCCCUUCCAACUGUACUCCAACUCCCAUCAGCCCCAGCCAGCACUGCCAAUUGUCAGGGAUCAUGGGAGUUGUAGUCUACAACGUCUGGAGGGCCAUAGGUUCCCACCAUCAGACUGCAAAGGCCAAACACAGCAUUUCUAAUUGGGCUUGGACACAAACUGGUUGCCGAUGAGAAAGGCACAAGAUCGGAGUGAAGUGAUCGAAGGAAGCAGGCCCAGGUCUGAGCUACACCAGUUGCAUUCUGCACCUCCCCAAAUCAGCUGGAAGCGUCCUGGAAGUCCCCAAGUGGGACUUGGCUGCCAAAGCACUCCCCAGUUGUUCGCCCCCAGUGUCUGAUAUUUGUCAUCUUCUUACCUCCGAACGUGGAGGGUCCAUGUACACGUCACGUCUGAAAGCCAUCAAAAGACCUCUUCCAUGAAUGAAUCUAAAAUUCUUUCUUCAAAGUUUUCUGCCUCAGGGCAAUGAGUUGCGGAGGUUAAUUCCGCUUUUCAUACAGGCAUACUUUGUCAUUGGAUAAUAUCCAGAACCUGCCGCCAGCCAGUUUUCACUGUGCUGUCCUUAGGAGUUCUGAGACAAGGUGGCACGUUUUUCUCAGCCUAUUGCAUGAGUCCACUUACUUAUUUCUCUCUACAUGGGUCUGUCCCAGAGGUGAGGAACCUUUUUCAGCCCGAUGGCUCCAAUCCAUUCUGGACAACUUUUCAGGCACUACAUGCCGGGGGGGGGGGGGGCGGCAGGGGCAGCACCAGAUGCAAAAAAUGGACAAAGCCACAAAUGUCAAUUUUACCUUUGGGCAGAAGGUUAGUUUCUGUGUGUGUGUGUGUGUGUGUGUGUGUGUGUGCUUGCUUGCUCAUCUCUCAUCUAUCCAGACAAGCAAGAGGAAUUAUCAGGAGUAAAGGAUACACUCCAGCCAGACAAAAACUCAAGGAAACAAGGCGAAUGCAGGGGUGCAGAGGCUGCAGGAGAGUUUGCAAGAUGGUCUACAUUUCUGUUCUAACCUUUUAGCUAGGACAGAAUACCCUGUCCAGGGUGGGGGCAAAAUUUGCCAUCAAGGUCACUUAAAUUCUAAAAGAGGAAGUAGAUUCUCCGCUCUAUUCUCUAUUAAGCAAAUGCCUUCGGUGGCUUUCUUUCCUAGGUAAUUCAGUCUGCUGUUUUUCCAAGGGGGACAGUGGGGAGAGGAGUAACACAUGCAACAUCUAAACCCACUCCUGGCCACAUUAAAUCCCUUCUCAGCACCUGAGGGGGGGGUGCCACACACACACACAAACACACCCUUUCAGUCUUUUCAUCCUUAAAGACUAGAAACUUGGUGUCUUAAGUAGUAGCUGGGAUCCUCAAGAGGGUUGAAUUCUAUGCCCGAUGCUGAUGUCUGUGACCACAGAAGAUGUGCAGUUCUCCCCUCUCACAAUUUGUGCCGCUGCAUGACUAGAGUUGCUUGCAAGCUGCAAGGGACUGCAUUUUUUAAAAAAGGAGGAGGAGGAAAAAGAAAAUCCUGCUUGUUUUCUGAGCUGGACAGGGAAGUGGUCCUUGGAACCGAAGCUGGAAGGGAGUGGGGGUCAGGGCAAGUUUGAAGCUGACACGGGCAUGUGUGUGCGUGCAUCUGUCUGUUGGCCGUGACGUGGCAGUCGUCCCGUCCCCUUUCAUUGUCACUUCUUUUUUGUUUUUUGAGUUGCUCUCCGUGUGAUUUCCCCUUUAUGUUCUCGUGACCUUCCAGAUCCACCAACCGUCUUCUCCCCCAACAAGAAGCUUCUGCCUUCACAGUAAGUCACGCCAUCGCAUGACAUCACUUCCUGCUCCCACUCAUGCCAACCCUGCAGCUCCUUCCCCUGUUGCUUCUGCUCAGCCCAUCCUGUGUUUUGCAGGCCACAGCCAGGGGGAGAGGGAGGAAGCAUCUAGUGGGGUGGGAAAGGGAAAUGCUACAGCAGGGCUCCACAGGACGGCAAAAACAGAGUCUCACAACAGGCAAGGCUUAUAACUCGGUGGUGGAGCAUCCGCCUUGCGGGUACAAAGUCCCAGGUUCAAUCCCUGGCAUCUCCAGGUAGGGCUGGGAGAAACUCCCCAUCUGAAAACCUGGAGAGCCACUGCCAGUCCAUGUAGACAAGAGUGACUCUGAUGGCCAAUAUUCUGAUUCAACAUAAAGCAGCUUCCAACAUUAGGCAAGCCAGACGUGAAUGCCAUAGCCUUCUCCCACUGUUGUUUCCAGUGAGUGGUAUUCAGGUUGAAACAGAACUGAUAACAAACCAAUCAAAAUAAUAAAAACAAAUUAUUAAGAGUCCAGUUGCAUCAGUUUAAAUUUUUGUCCACAUUCCAUAGCCACCAGAUGAGCUGCAAUAUGUCUGAUCAUUACUAUUAUCUAGUCCCGGCACUGUAAUCUGAACUGUGAAAGCGCAUGGUGCAGCUGCCUUUGGUGGGAAUCUUCUUAACCACAAUCCUAGUCAUAUACACACUGCGUGUAUGUUCUGUGAAUCCCAACACUCACAAAUGCAAAAGCACAGAAGUUCUGUGACCUUCAAAGCCGAAUCCUGUGGCCUGUAGGAACUGGAUAAGUACGCAUUUUGCAAAAUUCUGUCAUUAAAAAAAAAUCUGCAUGAUUUGGACUUAUUUGCUGGUCAUAGCGAGGUUGCUGUGCAAAGCACAAAAUGGCAAUCUGGGUUCCAAAAUUUUGCCAGGCAUUUCCCCGCACACAGACUUAGCAAUGCUACGGACUUGAAACCCAUCUUAAAAAUAAUAAUAAUUGAGAACAUCGAUUCUCAGUAAGCUGAAUGUUGCACCUGGUACCACAUGAGCAUAGGCCUAAAUGCCUUUUUGGCUUAUAGAAUCAUCUGCAGCAAUAGCAUUUUGUCCAUGUCUGAUGCCAAGUGUAGAGUCCCUCAUUCACCCCACGAGUUACCACCAGAGGUUUCUCAAGCUCCCUUUCAAAUUCUGUCCAACUGCCAUAUUUGGGAUCAAGAAAGACAUUUUUAUCUGGGUGAAAUUGAUGAAAGGCCCUUAGAAGUUUGUAUGUUCACAUGCAUUUGGGGAGCUGGUAUAAACAAUCACUUAUUGAAAUACACUUUCUGCUUUUUUAUUUAAAAAAAAGAGUCAUACCUGCCUUGUCAGGGAGAAGUUAUAGAGCCUCAUCUUCCUUUAGCAUGCUAGUUUUCUCAGUGCAGCUACAAAAAGUGGUACAGCGGACCACAUGGUGAUCCUGAGUUUGUGUUUUGGCUCUCACCUUGAGCACCUUUUUGGCCACAAGUCCUGUUGCUUGCCGCUGCGUGCCUUCUGCCUUGUGCAGCUCGAUCUCUGCAAGGCUGGCCGUCCUCCCUCUUGGGCAGGGUGGUGUCUGUUCUUGACAGCUUUUAGGGAGCCCUGGGGCUGGUGGGAAACUGGGCCUAAUCUCUUGCCAGCUGACCAAUAUAAAUAUAUUUUGGGGCUUCUCCCCGCUCCAGAAAUUCUACAGGCACUGCUAGCCCAGACAGCGUUGUGAAGAUGAAAUUCCAGGCCUCCCCGUAUCAGAGCCUUCGCCGCUCCCUGCUGUGGGGGGAGAAAGCCAGCACCAGCUUAGGCCUCAACAUUACCAGCGGCAAUGCGAGGAACAACUCCAGAUACACCCUCUACGAGAGCCACGUCGGGGAGCCGCUACCCCUGGAGCGCAUCUGCCGCGGGCCCGACGGCCGCUUUGUGGUGCAGAGCGAAGCGCCGCCUCAGGAACGCUUGGCGGCCAUGCUGGAACGCUAUUCCCUGUCCCUGGCUUCUUCGGAGAGCAGCCUGGGCCAGCUGGAGCCUUACCUGCAGAUCUACUCCCCCCCUAGGCCUGAAGAGCCCGUCUGGCAGAAAAGCGUCCCCCUGAGGCCCAAGAGCGCCAGCCGCUCCCGCCGCGAAGCCAAGGCCUCCGGCUACCGCCAGGGACGCUACUUCGACUACAGCAGCAGCAGCCCAACGGAGGAGGCCGAGCCCUUGUGCAUUGUCAACAUCAGCCCAGUGGCGACCAUGCCAUACGGGGCUACCAAGCAGCGCACCCAGACCACCACCCAGAGCCCCGAGGGGCAUGUGGAUGGGCCCGCCACUGCCGCCUCGUCUUCCUCGCCACCCCCUUCCUCGCCAACCUGCUGUAAGCCCCCGAUCAGCCAAGCCCAUGCAAAUACCUCAGCCCAAAGUGGGAUUCUGCAGUACUUGAGUCUCCCCUUUUUCAAGGAGAUGAAUGUGGAUGGUGACUGGCCUCCAGAGGAAGAGGGGGAGGAGGAGGAGGAAGAAGAAGAAGAAGAGGAAGAGGAGCAACCUUCCAAACCAGCCCUCCAUGAGGCUCUGGGCAGCACUGAACUCACUGGGUUGGGGGAUGAGGACAAAACCGUGUGUCCAGCCUACAUGGACACGCAAGCCAAUCUAGACCCUGCUCAGGUACAGGCCUUGGCCAAAUCUCUCCUCAGGCUCCCUCACGCCAACACAGGCCCAGCUAAGGCUGCCUUUCCCGGGACCUCGGUUUGCCCGAGUUACCUCAGUUCCUUUUCGGAAACGCCCUCGCCCAAGGAACCAGGGCCUUGGUUGGAGGUGCUGUCGCCCCCUCAGCCCCCCAUGGACAGCAGGCAGGCAGAGCUUGCCUACACAGCCAUCCCCUCAGAGCCUCACUGGCUCCACGCAGCGGAGGAGCUCCCAGAGUCUCUGCCCCCCGAGAGACACAAGUCGCCCAUCGCCGUUGCCCUGGCAGGGCCGCCCGCCGAGAAACUGCCGAGGGGCAGUCUAACCAGCCAGAGCAGCGGCCGAGGCAGCGUGUCCUUCCUGAGACCUCCCUCGCUGGCGCCAUCGCUGGCGGGCAGCUACCUCAGUUCCCCCUUUGCAGAAAUGACCGGCUGGCAAAGCAGCUCCACAGGAGAAGAAUGCAGGCUCAAAAAGGACCCUUCGGUGGUUGCCAUCAGUAAAAGGUGAGACCAAGAGGGCAGGCAAGGGAGCGGAGGUGAACUAGGCCUGCAGUUUUCCCUGGAGGCUCUGGUGGGUUGGAAGAGUGCUUGGGGGCCUCAAGUAAGCACCUCGCAAAGGAUGAGCCAGGGUGAAACAUGUCUAGCAAAUUAAAAAGUUUCUAGCCAUUAUGACUGUGCAUUGAGACCUGGAAGCCAGAUGAAAUUGCAAAAGCUGGAGUGAGGAAUAAAUGGGAUUUCAAGAGGUUAUAACCACUAAAACUAAUGCAACAAACCCCACAUGAGAAAGCAGCCGUGGUAGGAAUUUUCCCUUCCUUUCCACACUUAGAGCCCUCUCGGGGUCUUAAUUCUGCAACCCUAAGUGGGCAUAGAGACUGCAAAAAAAAUCAUAACAGGAGCCCAAUGCAAACAAAAUUCUGACCCCAGUGAAAAAGCUGCUGGUGGAGAAAGGACGCUGCUAACUGGUAGGACAUCUGCCUUGCAGGCAGAAGGCUCCAGGUUCAACCCCUAGGUUCUUCAGCUCCUGUCUCCAACCCCAGAGAGCUGCUGCCAAUCAGUGUAGACAAUACUGAGACUUGGUAUAGGGCGGCUUCCUAUCUUCUUAGGCUCUCCAGCUUUAGCAGGCAAGCAGAACAGGAUGUGAGGAGGCAGGACACACACCUGCCAUACUCUCAGUGUCCACAGGAUGGAGCCCCCCUUCUAAACAUCCUUUCCGUGUUAAUUUUGCUCUUUUUAAAGCUUCCAAAGUAUUUCCCAAGUUGUGCAUUCUUUUAAAUUUAACUUUUCAUAAUUGAGCCCAACCGUUUGAAACCUGGAGGUUGGUCAGGGUGCAAGAUGUCUCCACGCAGGGACACAUUGUACCACCCAAAGGUCCUUUGCAAUACAGGAGGGGGGAGGGACCAUGCUUUGGUGGUGGAGCACCUAUACUCUGCAGGCAGAAGGUCCCCAGUUCAAUCCCUGCUAUAUCUGAUUACAAAGGUUCAAGGAGCAGCAGGUAAUUUGAGAAACAGCCAGUCAGAGUAAACAAUACUGGGUUACAGGAGCAAAGAAUCUGAGCUGGACCAAGACACCUUCCUGUGUUCUAAGGGAGAACAUAGCUCAGUGGUGGAGCACCUGCUUGGCAUGCAGAAGGCAACAGGUUAAAAAAAAUCAGAAAAUCAGAGUCUUUGCCAUUACCUGUACCUGAGACUCUGGAGAGCAGCUGCCAGUCCAGGGCCACCUGGAGAAUUGGACUCACCUGGUAUUACAGGGUUGGGGAACCUGUUUCAGUCCAAGAGUUGCAUUCCCUUCUAAGCACCUUUCCUAGGGCCACAUACCUGGACUGGGUGAAGCCAGAGGGGAAGGGGAACGGAGCAACAGGUGUAGAAUUUACAUUUGUAGCCAGUUUCUUUUCGAUUACCUUUCUGCACAUGCUUGCACACUCGUCUUUGCCCUGCAUCCAAACCAGCAAGAGGCAUUAUCGGAGUUCAAGGACAAUGCGUCCAGGCAAAAGCACCCAAGGAGGGUGCAAAGCAAAGCCGGUGAAGGAAGCGGCAUGGGGAGAGUUCUGAGGACCAGAUAGAGAGGCCUGGGGGGCCACAUUUUGCCCCAAGACCUGGGGUUCCCCAACCCUGUGCCCGCUCUCCUGUCAUAAUGGGGGCUGCUCUGUGCACUGUCUGAGUCCACCUGUAUUCCAUGGAUCUUUGCAAUAUAUAAGCCUACCCCCAUAUCUCUGCCAUUCUGUCCGUGAAGUGGGGUGGGAGGAGAUGCUCCUUUAAACAGACGCUGGUAAACUGUGGAAGCAGAAAAAGUUCCAAACAAACUAGAACAGCAAGACGUGAAAUAGGAGCAACAGCAUUAAUCAUUAAAAUAAAUACGUCAAAAUGGAUAUAUUGAAUGUCAUACGUGAAAUAUGAAUCAUUUAAGAGUAAAUCUGGAAACCAUGGAAGUGGCAGAUGGUAAGUCGAUGAAUAAAGUAAUUUAUGGUCUAUGUUAAAAUCUGUAAAGGUUUUUCAGGGGGGGAUCAAUAAAUAAAAUGUAAAAGAAAAAAAAAGACCCAAACAGGAGUGGAGGGGGAUCGAUUUGGAAGCAUUGCUUAUGGAUACUUUUAACUUGUCCUAUUGGUAAGCUGUAUGUUUACGUAAAUGUUUGUGUAUGUUAAAUGAACCGUUAAUUGUUGAUUACUUCUUAUUAGUGUUACAUUGCAGUAAUGUUACAUGUCUUACAAUGUAUUGUGACUGUACUGCUACUAUUUUUGCGUGCACUGCUUGGAGUACAGAUUUACUUGCAGAAAACGCAAUAUAUGAGUAAAUUUAUAGAAUGGGGCAGGCACUGCCCUACCGACCUCACUCUGCCCUCCACCAUCUGCCUGCCUUUUUUUUACUUUUAGCAGUCUGUCCAGUGGCGGUCACUGCCAUCCUCAGUGUUGCCUUUAUAGAAUUCAACAGACAAGGAGGGUAGGAUGGAACUAGACUUGAGCUGGUUCUGCCUGCCAUUGGCUCUGUCUUCUUCCUGUUGGGCUCCCUGCUUUCCACCCCACCAGUCAGCACUGCAAACAGCCUGGUGGACAGGAUCUCACGCUCUCUCAGUCUUAGCCUUUUCGGCCUCCAUGUUUCCUCACACACACACCCCGUAUCUAACUCCCCUUUUAUCGCUUCCAGGAGGAACACAUCUGUGGACGAGAACUAUGAAUGGGACUCUGAGUUCGCCCUGGAGUCUGACCUGCUGGAUGCACUGCAGCUUUAUCGGAGUGGGAACCCCAAAAGGCCAGUCUCCACCAUCGCAGCACAGGAGUUGGAGAAGCAGAGUAAGCAUUGGGGGUGGGGGUGGGGAAGGAGGCCACAGAUGAGCAGAAGCAGAAAUAUAUAUAUAAUUGUGUCCUUGUUUCAUGGUGGCUCAUCGGAGCCCACAGGGAGGCUUAUGCUAAGUAUGCAGAGGUGUACAACACACAUUACCAGGCCUCCUCAGCACCCCAACCUUCAUUAAAACACAGUCAGGUUACUAGCCCUCAGUGUCCAGAAGGAGAGAUUUAUGUCGAGAGUGAGUGAUUUGUGGACAGCUGCCCCAUGUGGCAAACCACUGAACUGCCAAGUGACAGCUUUUUUCUGAUGUCCCUCUGGCUCUGGACGGACCAUUGGAUCCUCUUGGACAGGAAAGGAGUACAGUGGUACCUCGGGUUAAGAACUUAAUUCGUUCCGGAGGUCCGUUCUUAACCUGAAAACGUUCUUAACCUGAGGUACCACUUUAGCUAAUGGGGCCUCCUGAUGCCACGGCGCCACCGGUGCAUGUUUUCUGUUCUCAUCCUGAGGUAAAGUUCUUAACUCGAGGUCCUUCCUACUUCAGGGUUAGUGGAGUCUGUCACCUGAAGUGUUUGUAACCUGAGGUACCACUGUAUUAUCCACACAACAUACAUUUAAAUCACACAUUUUCCCCAAUAGAAUCCUGUCAACUGUGGGGGCGGGGUUUCAGCAUCGUGGGAAUUGCAUCUUAGUGAGGGGUAAACUACAGUUCCCAGAAUUCUUAGUAGGAAGUCAGGUGCUUUACAUAAUGUCAGCAAAGACUGGCACCAUCUUUGCAGGGUUUCAGGGGGUGGGCAUUCCCAGCCCUACCUGGAGAUGCUUCUGCAUGUAAAGCAGGUGCUCUGCCACUGAGCUACUCCAUUAACAGAGUAGGAACAUAGGAAGCUGCCUUCUGCUGAGUCAAACCCAUUGGUCCAUCUAGCUCAGCAUUGGCAACACUAACUGGCAGCGCCUGUCCAAAAUCUCAGCCCAGGUUGGGGGCUCUUAACUGGAGGUGUCAUGGAUUGAACCCGGGGCCUUCCACACACACAGCAGAUCCACUACGACUGGUAACUUGGGGUGUGUUUAUGUUGCUUAAGUUCAUUCCCCUGCCAUAUACCCGUCCCGCUGGGAGAGAGCUUGUUCUUGCCUUGCCCCCUCUGACCACUCUCCCACCCCCUCCUUUCCGCAGGCUCAAAGACCUCCAGCGAAAGCAGCGGCUCGCCCUUGAACUCCCAGUCAGUGGGUGCCUUAGAUGGGUCCAGCUCCCCGGUGCCCUUGCCCAGCCCUGAGGAGCGCUGUGCCGCCCUGCGCGAAGAAUUUCUGGCUUACCGCCGGCGCCGGGAGGCCACUCAGCAACGCCGCCAGAAGCUGGGCUCUGGCCGGAAGCCGGGGGACGAGCGGUUCGAGCAGGCCACCUUGUUGUGAGGGGCCCCCAACAGCCUAAGCUGGCCAUGUUGCCCCCCCAACACACACGCCGUGAGGUGGACGGUGUCUCCAUUUUGACCACGCUCCUGUCGAGAGACAGUGCCCUUUAGAGCUAACCAAGGGAACUGCGUCCUGCGCGGAACAGCUACUGGCUCCAAAGACAUGAAGGGGAAGCCUUGAGGCUGACAUAGGGAGGGGAGGACUCUGGACCUUCUUAACCCUGCUGGGAGACGAUAUAUUAAAACUACUGGUGUUUUGAUUUAUGCUGGGGUGGGGUGGGG